AUGUCUACGAAAGCAGAGCAAUGUAAGUACCAUUAUUUAAAAUGUUCCUAAUAUAUCAUUAUCCACCCAUUUUAUGGUGUAAUUUUCUAGUGAGAAAGCGAAGGAGGGAAGCGGUCCUUGGUGAUGAAACCGCGGUUGCUAAGGCAGGUUGCAACACGUCCUCGCUCUGCAGAGGAUGGCUCUAGGGGCUAGCGUAGGGGAUGCCUAUUUUCUGGCGGUGGUCAACACAACGAUAUGGGUAAACAUAAUAAUAGAUAUUAAGCAUACAUUUUUGAUUGACACGUUGAAAGAAAGGUUGGUGCGGAGACCGAGAUGUAGGUUAUUGGUUUCAAGGUCGAUUUGACAAAUGCUCCGCUAAACAAUAUGGUGGCAUUGGUGAUCAGUAAUGUGUUUGCUUUGCUUGUUCUUUUACUUACUUGACAUAAUAUGAGACGAGUUUUUUCUUCGUCAUUUGCCUCUGAACAGGUGGAUAAGCAUACUGCGGUUACACUGUUUUUGAUCAACUGAAUCAAUGCACAGUGUAAUAAACAAUUGGUGGUUUGUUGUUGUUGUCAAUCAACACGCCUUGGAGAACUCAACAUUACUCAAAUAGGCAUGUGUUACUUGGUUUCGAAUAGGCCUAUAGUAAUAAAUGGAAGAAACAAGUUAAUAUAGGCCCAUCUACAUUUAUUUGGUAUGAAGCCUGCUCAAUAUCGACUUGAAAUAUACUUGGCCAUGUUUGGGGAAAAAUAGAAUGUUAUAUAGGCUACUCUAUGGUCCCAUGUAGGCUAUGUAUUGUAAACAUCACAAGAAAGGGAAAAAAUCACCAUUUGAACUCUAGCCUAUUGUAAUGAAUACUCAGGGAGAAAAAGGUGUAGGUAGAUUCACGCGUAGAGCGCGGCAGGUGUUUAUUUCGCCUUCGCAGAAGGCAGGAAUCGUUGUCACAGGCAGGCAAUGGUCAUAAACAGGUAGGCAAACAGGUAGGAAAAUCAAAAACUAGGACUGAAGGCUAUAACUGGUUCUCACAAACGAGCUAGGAAAAGGCUUAGUAGAGUCAAAACGAACAAUACCUCACAAGGCACAAACAGAAAGAACUGAACUAAAUAAGAGACAGUAGACUUCAAGAUUUUGCACCUUUGCUAAUCUCAUCCACCCAGCAGGCUCUAGCAAGUGAGCCUGUGGAUGAGGUUACACCUUUGCUCACAUUUCUGGUUUUGCAAAUGUGUCUGAAGGUAGCCUACUCAUAUUAGUUAUGUAGUCAUUCAUUGCUAUGAAAUUUGCAAAAAAGAACACACUCCAUACACCCACGAACAGUGCAUUCGGAAAGUAUUCAGACACCUUGACUUUUUCCACAUUUUGUUAUGUUACAGCCUUAUACUAAAAUUGUUUUCCCCCCCUCAUCAAUCUACACACAAUACCCCAUAAUGACAAAGCAAAAAUAGGUUUUUAGAAAUUUUAGCACAUUUAUAAAAAAUAAAAAAACGUAAAUAUACCAUUUGCUUAAGUACACUGCUCAAAAAAAAUAAAGGGAACACUAAAAUAACACAUCCUAGAUCUGAAUGAAUGAAAUAAUCUUAUUAAAUACUUUUUUCUUUACAUAGUUGAAUGUGCUGACAACAAAAUCACACAACAAUUAUCAAUGGAAAUCAAAUUUAUCAACCCAUGGAGGUCUGGAUUUGGAGUCACCCUCAAAAUUAAAGUGGAAAACCACACUACAGACUGAUCCAACUUUGAUGUAAUGUCCUUAAAACAAGUCAAAAUGAGGCUCAGUAGUGUGUGUGGCCUCCACAUGCCUGUAUGACCUCCCUACAACGCCUGGGCAUGCUCCUGAUGAGGUGGCGGAUGGUCUCCUGAGGGAUCUCCUCCCAGACCUGGACUAAAGCAUCCGCCAACUCCUGGACAGUCUGUGGUGCAACGUGGCGUUGGUGGAUGGAGCGAGACAUGAUGUCCCAGAUGUGCUCAAUUGGAUUCAGGUCUGGGGAACGGGCGGGCCAGUCCAUAGCAUCAAUGCCUUCCUCUUGCAGGAACUGCUGACACACUCCAGCCACAUGAGGUCUAGCAUUGUCUUGCAUUAGGAGGAACCCAGGGCCAACCGCACCAGCAUAUUGUCUCACAAGGGGUCUGAGGAUCUCAUCUCAUCUGUUGCAGGCAGCAGAACGUUCUCCACGGCGUCUCCAGACUCUGUCAUGUCUGUCACAUGUGCUCAGUGUGAACCUGCUUUCAUCUGUGAAGAGCACAGGGCGCCAGUGGCGAAUUUGCCAAUCUUGGUGUUCUCUGGCAAAUGCCAAAACGUCCUGCACGGUGUUGGGCUUUAAGCACAACCCCUACCUGUGGACGUCGGGCCCUCAUACCACCCUCAUGGAGUCUGUUUCUGACCGUUUGAGCAGACACAUGCACAUUUGUGGCCUGCUGGAGGUCAUUUUGCAGGGCUCUGACAGUGCUCCUCCUGCUCCUCCUUGCACAAAGGCGGAGGUAGCAGUCCUGCUGCUGGGUUGUUGCCCUCCUACGGCCUCCUCCACGUCUCCUGAUGUACUGGCCUGUCUCCUGGUAGCGCCUCCAUGCUCUGGACACUACGCUGACAGACACAGCAAACCUUCUUGCCACAGCUCGCAUUGAUGUGCCAUCCUGGAUGAGCUGCACUACCUGAGCCACUUGUGUGGGUUGUAGACUCCGUCUCAUGCUACCACUAGAGUGAAAGCACCGGCAGCAUUCAAAAGUGACCAAAACAUCAGCCAGGAAGCAUAGGAACUGAGAAGUGGUCUGUGGUCACCACUUGCAAAACCAGUCCUUUAUUGGGGGUGUCUUGCUAAUUGCCUAUAAUUUCCACCUGUUGUCUAUUCCAUUUGCACAACAGAAUGUGCAAUUUAUUGUCAAUCAGUGUUGCUUCCUAAGUGGACAGUUUGAUUUCACAGAAGUGUGAUUGACUUGGAGUUACAUUGUGUUGUUUAAGUGUUCCCUUUAUUUUUUUGAGCAGUGUAUUAAGACCCUUUACUCAGUACUUUGUUGAAGCACCUUUGGCAGCGAUUACAGCCGUAAGUCGUUUUGGGUGUGACGCUACAAGCUUGGCACACCUGUAUUUGGGGAUUUUCUCCCAUUCUUCUCUGCAGAUCCUCUCAAGCGCUGUCAGGUUGGAUGGGGAGCGUCGCUGCACAGCUAUUUUCAGGUCUCUCCAGAGACGUUAGAUCGGGUUCAAGUCCGGGCUCUAGCUGGGCCACUCAAGGACGUUCAGAGACUUGUCCCUAAACCACUUCUGCGUUGUCUUGGCUGUGUGCUUAGGGUCGUUGACCUGUUGGAAGGUGAACCUUCGCUCCAGUCUGAGGUCCUGAGCGCUCUGGAGCAGGUUUUCAUCAAGGAUCUCUCUGUACUUUGCUCUGUUCAUCUUUCCCUCGAUCCUGACUAGUCUCCCAGUCCCUGCUGCUGAAAAACAUCCCCACAUGAUGCUGCCACCACCAUGCUUCACCGUAGGUAUGGUGCCAGGUUUCCUCCAGACGUGACGCUUGGCAUUCAGGCCAAAGAGUUCAGUCUUGGUUUCAUCAGACCAGAGAAUCUUGUUUCUCAUGGUUUGUGAGUCGUUUAGGUGCCUUUUAGCAAACUCCAAGUGGGCUGCCAUGUGCCUUUUAUUGAGGAAUGGCUUCUGUCUGGCCACUCUACCAUAAAGGCCUAAUUGGUGGAGUGCUGCAGAGAUGGUUGUCCUUCUGGAAGGUUCUCUCAUCUCCACAGAGGAACUCUGGAGCUCUGUCAGAGGGACCAUCAGGUUCUUGGUCACCUCCCUGACCGAGGCCCUUCUCCCCCGAUUGCUCAGUUUGGCUGAGCGGCCAGCUCUAGGAAGAGUUUUGGUGGUUCCAAACUUCUUCCAUUUAAGAAUGAUGGAGGCCACUGUGUUCUUGGUGACCUUCAAUGCUGCAGAAUGUUUUGGUACCCUUCCCUAGAUCUGUGCCUCGACACAAUCCUGUCUCGGAGCUCUACGGACAAUUCCUUCGACCUCAUGGCUUGGUUUUUGCUCUGACAUGCACUGUCAGCUGUGGGACCUUAUAUAGACAGGUGUGUGCCUUUCCAAAUCAUGUGCAAUCAAGUUGUAGAAACAUCUCAAGGAUGAUCAAUGGAAACAGGCUGCACCUGAGCUCAAUUUCGAGUCUCAUAGCAAAGGGUCUGAAUACUUAUGUAAAUAAGCUUUUUUAUUUUGAAUAAAUUAGCCAAAGAAAUUAAAACCUGUUUUUGCUUUGUCAUUAUGGGGUAUUGUGUGUAGAUUGAUGAGGAAAACAAUUAAUUUAAUCCAUUUUAGAAUAAGGCUGUUACGUAACAAAAUGUGGAAAACGUGAAGGGGUCUGAAUACUUUCUGAAUGCACUGUAUAUAACCUAAACACACUAAUUUACUUACACAUACACACACACACACACACCCUCCCCCACACAAAAACAAAGCCUGUCGGUGUUAUUGUUAUUUUUGGGACUUGUCAUUUGCAGGUCAGCGAGAGCUAAACACUACCACCUCUCUGAGUCACAAAAUGGCACCAAAAUGACCCACUCCAGGGCUGGUUGUGACCUAGCUGGCCAAACACAAAGGUCACUUAAAGAGAGACAAUGAAGGUGCCACAGAGACCCUGACCCUUUGCCAUGCUUAUGGGGCAGCAUAUCAAUGACCAGGCUUAUACUGUACCAACAAUAACCCAUCGGCCACCCCCCUCCCCCUGAUUUGAUAAAGGCUUUCAUCAGAUUUCAUAUGUUUAUCACUCUGCUCUUUAUCUUGUUUAGUUGCCUCUAAGAUACGAUACUUGCAAGAGUAUCACAACCGCGUGCAACACAAUAUUUACCCCGUGCCCUCCGGAACAGACAUUGCAAACACACUGAAAUACUUUUCCCAAACCCUGCUCAGGUAAGUACCCUGCGCUGGAACCACAGGUGAAGUAACAGAGUCUAACAGUAUUUGAUGUUUAGUUUCAGAGGAGAGGUGACUGGGGUUAAGCCUAAUUCUAAUACAUGCACAGCAUCAUGACAGCAUUAUUGCUGGUAGGAAGUCAGUUGGAAUUAAAAGAUAGAAGUGGAAUAAUGGGAAACGGUAUUCUACAAUGUAACUUUAUAGUGUGCAUUGUCAUUUAAGGAUCCUAGUUGAAAACCCCCCUGGUAAUUUUCAGAGAGGGAAUAGUCUUGCUCCAUCCUCUGCCUUUGUGAUACCAUAUGCUUCAUGUUUCUGUAUGAGGACCAUGAUCCUACAGUAUCUCAUCACUGAUAGUGCAGUAAGAAUCAACAACAUGAUCCUACAGUAUCUCAUCACUGAUAGUGCAGUAAGAGUCAACAACAUGAUCCUACAGUAUCUCAUCACUGAUAGUGCAGUAAGAGUCAACAACAUGAUCCUACAGUAUCUCAUCACUGAUAGUGCAGUAAGAGUCAACAACAUGAUCCUACAGUAUCUCAUCACUGAUAGUGCAGUAAGAAUCAACAACAUGAUCCUACAGUAUCUCAUCACUGAUAGUGCAGUAAGAGUCAACAACAUGAUCCUACAGUAUCUCAUCACUGAUAGUGCAGUAAGAGUCAACAACAUGAUCCUACAGUAUCUCAUCACUGAUAGUGCAGUAAGAGUCAACAACAUGAUCCUACAGUAUCUCAUCACUGAUAGUGCAGUAAGAGUCAACAACAUGAUCCUACAGUAUCUCAUCACUGAUAGUGCAGUAAGAGUCAACAACAUGAUCCUACAGUAUCUCAUCACUGAUAGUGCAGUAAGAGUCAACAACAUGAUCCUACAGUAUCUCAUCACUGAUAGUGCAGUAAGAGUCAACAACAUGAUCCUACAGUAUCUCAUCACUGAUAGUGCAGUAAGAGUCAACAACAUGAUCCUACAGUAUCUCAUCACUGAUAGUGCAGUAAGAGUCAACAUGAUCCUACAGUAUCUCAUCACUGAUAGUGCAGUAAGAGUCAACAACAUGAUCCCCCUCUUGUCAUGCCAUGGCUGUUUGGAAUAGUAUGCUCAAAUUGAGACAAGCCAAAAAUGGCAACUUUGGCAGAUUUUAGUUGUGUUGAUGUUGUCUGCAAGUAGGAGGUUAUAAAUGUUAAUAAUGAUGUUAUCUUGCUGAUUAUACCGGGUAUGGUUUGUAUUAUAUUUUAGAAAAAACUAACAAAAAUAAAUAGGCAAUUUCAACCCCUCUGUAGGUUCAGUGGUAGCUUCUCCUUAGAGUACAGUCCCAUGGAUCCUGUAUCUCAUCCGAGGGGCUAGAAGAGUCUGAUCCCGGCUCUUGGUCAUGACAAGGCCCCUGUUUGUGACAGUAGGCCAAUGAGAAAACAAAUGCCUUGGCAGAUAGGUUGUCAGCAAGUAGGAGGCAUUAUAGGUCAAUAAGAGUAUCUGACUAUUUAGGUUGUUGAUUUUGAGCAACAUAAUAGGAAAAUCUGUGGUUGUGUACUUUCUAAGAACAUUCCUUAGGCCAGUUCACUCCCAAAGGGUGCGGAGAAUAUGGAUUAUGGCUCCUUUUGAAGUCCACACAGUGGACUGUGACAGUAGGUGAUGAAAACAUGUCCGCUGCAACAGUAUGAAGCCAAGCAAAACAUUGGUAAAGUAUCGUGAUCUUUGGCUUGAGUCUGAGCAGAGCUCAGUCUAGCAAAGAGUGUGCUUUGAUAAGCUGGCAUCAUCAUUGGCACAGUAUUAAGGGUGGGAUGUAAAUGGAUUUGUGUCCGCAGCAUGUUGUACGUAAUACUUUUACGAAUGACAAUUGUGGUCCUGUGAGGCGCAGUAUCGUUGGAGUGGUGACAGGGCGUGAUUCGAGCCUGUGUGUGGCAGCAUGUUAACUCGAAUGACAAUGGUGUCUGUGGAGGCGCCAGUAGUAUCGUGGAGUGUGAAGGGAUCAUGCUUGGUAUAUACUGUAAACAUUCGCCUCAUGUUUUCCUUGAGCCAAAUCUCCUCCCUCCCAACUCACACAUCAAGCCAUGCCUCCCACAUUGAAACCACUCUGCACUGCUCAGUAGACUCUCAGACAUUCAGACAGACACCUGUGUUUCAUUGGCCUGGGGUGCACUGAGGCUUGAAAACUGGAACGAGCAUAUGUCAGGUUCCUGAAAAAGAAAGUAUCCCGCACAGACAGAGGAUGGAGUGGCCAAAUGAAUAUUUAAUGAAUUCUGCAGCAUAGAAAGAUAUCAGUGUAAGACAAUGACGGUAUUGGUGUAAAGGGAUGGGGCUACCCAUGGGCUCAAUUUAAGGGGGUAUACCCCAAGAGGGUGCCAUGUAACAUGUCCUAUAUUAGUCAAGGAUGAUGUAGUUGCCAGAUUUUCCUCCCAGCCAGUCAUCUAGAAAGUAACACAUACCAGCCAAGCUCUCUAGCUCUCUGCAUCAAUGAGCCAUGGAUUCACAGUAACCCUGACCCCAUGCCAAAUUCCAUCACUCAUUAGAGUGACUGUGAGGAACCAAGAUUCAGUCUGACACUGAAUCAAGAUAAUGUAACGUAUCAUAGUAUAAUGGAAUGUUACUCAUUCAUAGUUCCUCUUGAACCUUGCCUGGCAUGAACAAGUCACACUCAAAGGAAAUCAAAAAUCUCACAUCUAGCUAUUUGAGAAACAAAAAACAGGGGCCAUUACAGCAUUAUAUCCCCUAGCUAAUGCUUAGUUACAUUCAUGUAACUUAUCAUCAGUGGCUCACUCAUGCUUGAGCGCAACUACAUAUUGCCACAGUUAGAGAAAACAUUUGGAAGAUAGCGAUGCUUUAAUUGGAAGUGUAGGAUGUUUUAUCUGAUCUAAGACGUGUGUCUAACUGUGUGUGCAUAAUGUGAGUCUGUGGGGUUUGUCUGUGUGCAUGUCUGUGUGUUUGUGUGUGUGUGUGGGUGUGUUCAAUUGAAUUCUGCAGUUUGAUAUGUGCAAAGAGGGCAGUGAUAUUAAGUCAUACUCCACAAGAUAUAAAGCUGAUCCCCCCCCAUUGUUAAACUGACUAUCCAUUCCAACUCCCCGAGAAAAACUGUAAAACAAUGUACUCUGGUUACUGGUAUUUAAAAUUGUCCAACAUGGCCGAAUUCUUACGGAGUAUAACUUUCAGGGGAAUCGUCAGAGUGAAGAAAGUGUUAAAUUAUGUUUAUAUUGUAAAAUGUCAUAAUAUUCUGUAUUUCUACGCUAGAAUCCCCUUACUCACUGCACCUCUAGAAAUGCUAUACCUCUAUCUCUAUGAAUGACCUUUCAAAAACAAUACAUCAGAAUUUGUAAUCUGUGCUCUCAUGCUAAGUACCUCCAAAUAAUUUUACUGAUAGACCAGCUUUGUUUAAAAAAAUUAAGUUUAGUAAAAGAGAAGGGCAAAUCCACCCUCCCACCCCACCCCCACCCCCACCCCCAUCCCCACCCACACACACACACUAACCAACCAACUAGUUCUCCCAUCUCUCUAAAUGGUGAGAUAUCCACCUUGCCAGGGGACAGAAAACACAAACGUCCAUCCCACAUUAGCUCACCAAACAUAAUGCUAUGGUCAUCCUGUUUGAAACAACCUAUUCCUUUGUCAUUAUAGUUUCUCCCCUACCGUAGAUUAGUUCUUACAAUUAUUUUAGAGACUUGAAUCCAUAUGCCUGUUGGAUCUCAUUAUUUCUCCUGAUGAUACUGAUACAGUAUCAUAAUGUAUGCAUACGGACAUUUCUCUGGUGCAAUAAACAUGUGUUGUGACCCAGGAAUUCUUAUCUAACCUCACACACAUGUUUAUUACUAGCUGAAGCAUGUUUCAAAAGUGCCACCUCUGUAUUUUCCCUAACCGAUUUGGUGUAGCUCCCAUCCUUCACCACAGCCUCACAAAACAGGAUAUAUAUCCCUGAGAUACAUCAUGGCCCAUUGGCCUCUCUGUAUGACUACUGCUGAAUUGAUCUGAUUGGAAUAUAGCAGCCAUAGAGGGAAAACCAUUAGCAGUUUCCCCUUUGGAGAAGUAUGGGGUUGCCACUGAAAACAUGCAAUUUUUUAUAUUUUUGCUCCUUGUCACCAGAUACGCAUGAGAUGCAGUGAUCAUUGCAGUUUUUGCAAACGUUUCUGUUCAUAUUUUUUGUUUUUAGAAGACAAAGAUGUACAAAAAGUGAAAUAGAAAAUUAAAGUAAUUCUAUAUGACACUGAACAGAUAAAGCAGGGAACAAUUCCCAAUGCCUUCAGUGAAAUAUUAGCGACACUGCAUCCUAUGUGGGGUCUAUCUGGGUUUGUUGUUUUCUAUUUACCCUGUCUCUGUAGUGCCAUUUCAAUGUAAUGUGCUGUUUCUUUGUUUCUUUGUUGUCUCUUUUUUUCCCUUGUUCCCCCUCCCCUCUCCCUCCUCACCCCCGGAGCAGCAUUCUGUCCCGCACAGGCAGGAAGGAGAACCAGGAAGCUUCCAAUUUGGCCGUGCCCAUGACCAUGUGUCUUUUUCCUGUGCCAUUCCCACUCACCCCAUCUCUAAGACCACAAGUCAGUUCCAUCAACCCUACAGUUACUCGCUCCCUCCUUUACAGCGUUCUGCGUGAUGCCCCAUCAGACCGCGGGGGGCAGGGGCAGCAGAGUCGGGACGCUCAGCUCUCAGAGUACCCCUCUCUGGACUAUCAGGGGCUCUAUGCGACCCUCGUGACCCUGCUUGACCUGGUGCCCCUGCUGCAGCACGGUCAGCAUGGUGAGUGAAGUCAGGGUCUUCUCUGUACAUGUCCAUCGCCCCCCGACCAUCUUUCUUGACGAUAUGAAACUGCCUUUUCUGGCCUCAUUUCCUCCAAGAGAGGAGUCCCACAGAGGAUCUAAAGGGAUGCAUGGGGUGAUGGGGAACACGCUGGAUCCUGACAGCUCACUUUGUUGAUAACAUAGAAUAACCUGGAAUUUACAGACAUACUGUAGUACUGUAUACAUGUAUUAACUGUUUGCUUUCUCUUUUUAAAUGAGUAUGUUAAAUUGGAAAAAUGCAUUGAAAAUGGAAAUGUAUCUGCAAAAAAAGCAAUUUUAAAGGUUAAAUUGCUAUGGCCAGCAUAUGUUGUGUAUCUAUUAACUGCACCAGGGAAUAGUAAUAUGUCAAUAGCAAGUCUGUGAAUAUAUCUGAGUAUAUAGAAUGUUUGCAACAGCAGUGUUUCAUGAAUAAUUGAUCCGUAAAAAAAAAACGUAAAAGCAUUAAAGCCUGUCUUCUUGACUAGAAAGCACUACCCUUUGCUGAGGGCAAACAUCAGUUUCACAAUGCUCUCUCAGGAUGUUGUUGUAUUUAUACCAAACCUGGGUUCAAAUAUGAUUUCAGGUAUUUCAAUUACUUUUCAAUAUAUUUCAAAACAAGUAUUCAGAUAAAUCUUUAUUUGAAAAAACAAGUAUUGGAAUAUUGGAAUGUAUUUGGAAAUACACUCAAAUACACUCCCAAUUGAAAAACAAGUUAUGAAAUACUUUCAAAUUCAAGUUGGUCGUCUAUUUGAUUUUUACAAAUAACCAUUCAAAACCAAUAAAAGUACUUGUUUUGGGAUGUGUAUUUGAAAAUACUCAAAAACACAGAAAGAAAGUAUUUACUCAAAUACACAUAUAUUUGAACAGGUCUGAUUUAUACAAAUUCUAUAUUUAUGCAUUUUCUUUAGGUUUUAAUGCUAUAUUUUUUUAUUUACUUUGGAACAUAUGUAAAUUUCAUUGGAUUACUGUCUCUCUCUGUGUUUGUUCGUUUUGGCUCUCCCAUCAGAUCUGGGACAGUCCAUAUUUUACACAACAACUUGCCUCCUGCCCUUUCUCAGUGACGAUAUUCUCAGCACUUUACCCUACACUAUGAUCUCCACUUUAGCUACAUUCCCCCCAUUCCUGCACAAAGACAUCAUUGAGUACCUGAGCACCUCUUUCCUCCCAAUGGCUAUAUGUGAGUACAGCCACUCUGUAUCGAACAUCCAUCUACAUGCAUGUGAAAAAUAACACUUUGUUUAAUUCAAGACAAGUCAUUAAGUGGGGUAAAUAUAAUAGAAUAUCAGUAGUCAUACCUAUUUAGCAGAAAUGUCAGCAUGCAUCACCAUAUCAAAGGAACUGCUUGGUUGCUGUCCCACUGUAUGCACUACCUCAUGAGGUUUAGGUUCUUUUAUUUUCUGCCCUUCUUUAGUGGGUUCCACUAGAAGAGAAGGGGGCGUCCCAGCAUAUGUCAAUCUCUCUGCCUCCUCUAUGCUAAUGAUUGCUAUGCAGUACACUUCCAACCCAGGUAAACCUUUAAAUUAGGUUAUCCCCAACCAGUACGUCACAGUUUUUCUGUCCAGUAUAGCACAGCCUGUCUUUUGAUUAAUGUACUGUGCGCUAUGUUGUACCUGUCACCUGCGUGACUUGAAUCUCUGUCGAUUUGUUUCCAGUAUACCACUGUCAGUUGUUGGAGUGUCUUAUGAAGCACAAGCAGGAAGUGUGGAAGGUAUAUGUCACAAAUUGAAUGUGUCAUGAUAGGUUAGAUGCCCAAACAACUCUCUCAUACAGAUGUAGGAUCUUCAUUUAUUCACCCUGUUGCAGGAUAACUUUCCUGUAUUUGAGGUUUAUAUUUAAGGUUAAAAAAGGCUUCUGAAGUUUGUAAUUUCCACUGAAUUUCAGACUUGAUUUUCACUUGAGAAAAAUGUAUCAACCCCUACAAAAAUGUCCAUUACACAUAAUAAUUCACAUUUCCUGUUGCUGUAGGAUUAUUUCCCUGCUGUAGCAAACUUGCUCAAAUUAAGAUCCUACAUCUGUAGAUAUGGAAAGUGUCAGUGAAUAGCUUUGUGACGGUCUUAAACGUUAGCUCAUCACUAUGGCCUGUGUUGUGCUGUGGCAGGACCUACUGUAUGUCAUAUCCUAUGGACCAUCCCAAGUCAAGCCUCCAGCCGUGCAGAUGCUCUUUCAUUAUUGGCCAAACCUAAAGCCCCCAGGAGCCAUCAGUGAAUACAGUGGACUGCAGUACACAGGUGAGGGGCUUAUGGUCUGCCUGUCAGGCUGUGCUUGUAUGCAAUACAGGUGGAUUAUUUUUAUUUGAUCACCCUGUUGCAGGAGAACUUUCCUGCAAUACAGGACAUUUAAAACUUGUAGUGUAUUUGAGGUUUAAAAUGGCUUCUGAAGUUUGUAAUUUCCACUUUGAAAUUUCAGACUUGAUUUUCCCUUACGAAAAAUGUAUCAACCUCUACAAAAAUGUCCAUUAAUUAUAAUCCACAAAAUAAUUCACAUUUCCUGUUGCUGCAGGAUUAUUUUUCUGCUGUAGCAAAUUGUCUCAAAAUAAGAUCCUACAUCUGUAGAUCUCAGGUUGCAGCAGUCUAACCUCCUCCCACACUACUUUCCCCUUUCCUCCUUUCCCUCUAUUCUAUUUUCUCCUGCCACAGCCUGGAACCCCAUCCAUUGCCAACACAUUGAGUGUCACAAUGCCAUCAAUAAACCUGCUGUCAAGGUAAUGUCUGAGUAACUACUGUAGCCAAUAUAAAACACAUACAAGACCAAUAUACUCAAUACUCAGUGAGAACAUCCAUUCUGUACACAAACAUAAAGUGAAUACACAAAGUAUGUGCCAGAUUGCCAUGGUGUGUUAAAGCGUCUUCAUGUUUGCUGCUGUAAGCGCAACAUUAAAUGAGCCAGGGAUUGCUUGAGUCACUGUGGUAGAUCCGUGGGGUAAUGAUAUCAGUGGCCACGCGACUCAAGGCCUGUUUGCUAUGCUCAGCCUGUCUCUGCUCAACUGUGCUAAAAACUGACAAGUAGAGCAGAGACAGGAAUGGGCAGGGACAGGGGCCGGAUUUCAAUUACCCAGGAGCACAGAGGGGGUGUAUGAGGGGGGGCUAAUUGGAAGCGAUGACCCCAUGCCGCCCCUGAGGAUAGGGCGCCUAUAAGCGAGAGCAGUAAAUAACAGAACACAAUCUGAGCAUCCAGGCCAUAAGCACUGUAGCUUAAUACAAGGCCAUGCACAGAUCAUAGAUGAUAGAACAGAGACAUAUGCAUGCAGCCAGCCGCAGACUAAAGGCAAGCAGAGGCAGGUAAAGAGGACAUUAUACACACACACAUUUAUUUGAGUUGGAGGUGUGGUACACUCUUCUUAUGACCCCUACAGUUAGAUAUCACUGCUACUACUGUAUAUUCCAUCUGGAUUCUGUAACUGUCUGUUGUCGCACUAUAGAUGUGCAUCGACCCCACCCUCUCCGUUGCCCUGGGAGACAAGCCCCCUCCUCUAUACAUCUGUGAGGAGUGCAGCCAAAGGAUAGCAGGGUAUGUUAUUGUAACCUCUUUCUCUCCACAAAGAUGCCAUUCCAAACAUCACCUGCUGUCUGCUUCAUUAUUCUGGUCUUUAUCACAAGGGAGAAGCAUCACCAUGGUUAUGUAAUUCCAUUGCUGGAAGUGUGUUUUCAACUCUGAGGUAGUCUCAGCUAACUAUAAUUUGAUUUAUAUAUUCGUGUGACCUUUACAGAGACCAUUCAGAAUGGCUUGUUGAUGUGCUCUUGCCCCAAGGUGAGUGUUAGCAAACGAGUAUUAGCAUUCAGGUUGCCAUCUCUCUCUCUCUCUCUCUCUCUCUCUCUCUCUCUCUCUCUCUCUUUCUCUCUCUCUCUCUCUCUCCCUCUCUUACACACAUACACAAGCACACACACAUGUACCUCAAAAUACCCCCAAAAUAGAGUUGUGUAGGGAGGUGGAAGUUAUUUUGGCUGAGUGAACCCAUUGUCUGUCUGUAUGUUAUGUUGAAUACCUCUGUGGCCUCAUUUUUACAGCUGAGAUAUCUGCUAUUUGUCAAAAGAAGGUAAGACAUGAACGUUGGUGCAUUGAUAUGUGUUUGUGUUUGUAUUUGUUUGUGCUCUCAUCAGCUCAUGCACUAUUCAUAGUGGUAUAUCUCAUGGCUAAAAAAGAGUACCCCUUUUUUCUUCAUAUUAGAGCAACAAGUGAAGUAGACUGGUAGAGUAUAAUUGUUUGCUAGUAUUUGUUACUUCUCUGUUGGAUGGCUUUGCUUACAUAAUCAUGGACUGUGCCUGUGCCUCCCUUGCUAUGUCAUUGCUGGUUGUGUAUAAAUAUCAAGCCUUCAUGCAAACAUCCACCCAGUGUUAAUUUAACCAUGACCAGUAAAACUGCUGUGUAAUUGAUUUGAGGACAGGAGAGGUAACCACCUGUGUCAUUUCAAGUGGUGGAGAAAGAAACACUAUGCUAGCCUGCUACAGGCUAACGGGGCCCAAAGAAGCUACAAACUUGCACUUCGACAUUUCAAAUAGCAAACCAUUACAUUUAUCUCUGAAGUGUUUAAGGACUGUGCUCUUUCAUUUGGAGAGUCCAUUCACUGGAACACUCCGUUCAUUACUUGUCUGAUGGAUGGCCCAGUCUUAAUGGAACUGGCAGGGCAUGAUGUUUGUUCCGGAACACAGUCCCAAAGGCAUAAAAGUUCCCCCUUGGUUCCCACGGAGACUGACACACAAAUCUGUCAGGUAGUGUAUCAAAUAAAAUAAAAUAAAAUGUUAUUUGCGGCGAAUACAACGGGUGUAGACUUAACCGUGAAGUGGUUGCCCUUCACAACGAUGCAGAGAUAAAAAAAUUAUAAUAAAAAGAAAAGACUAAGCUGAGCAGCCACCCAGGGUUGUCAUGGGAAACAGCUGUCCUACAUCCAGUUCAUCCAGCAGUAGUUUUAAUCCUCACACAGCCUUUUCAAUAGGCUUUGUCCCACUGCAGAAAGCCCUUUAAACUCUUACCUGGAUCCAUGCCAGCUCUCUCAUUAUCAGCACACACAUUACUGUUCUAUCUGAGAGUUGAUUGCUUGUCAGAGUUACAUCUAGAAUAGGGAUUGCUUUCACAGUGAUCUGCAGUUACAGUAUAAGAUAUACUGUAGUGCAGUGUUCCCCAACUGGCGGCACGCAGGCUGAAUUUUGCACACAGGUGAUUUUAUUUGGCCCCCCAAGUUUUCUGAGCAAAAUAGUUUUUUAUUUGUUUUUGUUGGACAUAGAAGACUGUAAAAACACCAGUAAAUCAGCUCCAAGUGAUACGAAUUUUAGACAUCUGUUCCAAAGCAUGCACACCCAAAAUUACACUAAGUGAAAGAACACCAUUCAUUCUUUUAAUUUAGGAUGUUUAAACAUCAAUUAAUUUAUUGAGGCAUAGGACCAUUUUAGGAUAGCUUUUUUCACUUAAAUGGUAAAAACAGUUUAUUAGGAUUUUAAUAUUUUCUCAGUUUAUAAGUGAUACGAGGAGUUGUUGUAUCUCAUUGUCCCCCCUCUGUCUUGUAGAACUGUAGCUCUCAUGUCAGGAGGGCGGUUGUCACCUGCUUCUCAGCUGGUUGCUGCGGGCGCCAUGGCAACCGGCCUGUCCGCUACUGCAAGCGUUGCCAUGUCAACCACCACAGCAGCGAGGUGGGGGCUGCGGCGGAGACCCAUCUUUACCAGACCUCCCCACCUCCCAUCAACACCCGUGAGUGUGGGGCAGAGGAGUUGGUGUGCACUGUGGAGGCUGUUAUCAGGUAAACACCACAGCAUCACAGACAACACAGGCAACCAACCGCAUGCUUCACAGUAGCACUGUAUUCAACCACAGUUAUAUCUCUAUCACUAUCCGUCUAUCUAUCUCCCUCUGUCUUUCUGUCUGUCUCACUCUUUAUUCCCAUUCUCUCCAUCUAUCUAUCAACAUCAGUCUACUGAAGGAGGCAGAGAUCCACGCGGAGCUACGUGAGUUUGAGCUGAACAGGCGUCGUCAGAUGGGCCUGUCUGCCUCCCACCACUCCCUGGACAACAUCGACUUUGACAACAAGGAGGACGACCAGCACGACCAGAGGCUCCUCAGUCAGUUUGGCAUCUGGUUCCUGGUGCGUGGCUCGCUGGUCUACCACUCACUAUCGCAGUCGUGAGAUUAGGAUGUUGACACACCUGUCUGGGCUCUUAUUACCAGCCUAUGCUGUACUCUCUUCAUAGUGCAACAUUAUAAUGCUUUAACCGUAUCUGUCUCCAAUCUUGGAAGCCCCUGACUGACCAUGUUACACCCCAUCCUUGCCCCCACCCCUGUAGGUGAGCCUGUGCACCCCCAGUGAGAACACGCCCACGGAGAGCCUGGCGCGGCUUGUGAGCAUGGUGUUCCAGUGGUUCCACUCCACAGCCUACAUGAUGGACGACGAGGUGGGCUCCCUGGUGGAGAAGCUCAAGCCCCAGUUUGUCACCAAGUGGCUGAAGACCGUGUGUGACGUGCGCUUCGACGUCAUGGUGAUGUGCCUGCUGCCCAAACCGGUGGAGUUUGCCAGGGUGAGGAGGAGUGGGGAAGGAGAAGGGGGGUUGGAGGGUAAAGGCGGUUGAGCUUCAGGGAGUGUUUGUGAGGGGUUGUAGGGUGUAAUGUUGGGUGUAGGGUAGUAUGAGGUUAGGACUGUUUCUCUGGGGACAAUGCACACUGGAGGUACAACGUGUGAUGGUUGUGUUUCUUGGUGAAUAUCCCCCAUGGUUAUACCUGACCUUGUGUAUGUGUCUGUGUAUCCAUAUCCCCAGGUGGGGGGUUACUGGGAUAAGUCUUGCAGCACGGUGACCCAGCUGAAGGAGGGGCUGAACCGGAUCCUGUGCCUGAUCCCCUACAAUGUGAUCAGCCAGCCGCUGUGGGAGUGCUUCAUGCCAGAGUGGCUGGAGGCCAUCCACACUGAGGUGCCUGACCAGCAGCUCAAGGAGUUCAGAGAAGUGCUCAGGUACUGUAUACUGGACCUCCUCCAAGUCACCUAGUUCACUGUACCACCUCAAUGGGUUCCUAUGGUUACUGAUCACGCAGAAAUAAUUUUCUGUCUUAUGAGAAAAUAGAAUGUUAUGUGAAAUGUAAUGUGACUAUGUGUAACACACAGUGAAAAUGGUUUCCAUUGUCUCACCUGCUAGUGAUACACCAAAGAGGAUAUACCAAAUGCUCAGCUCUAAAAGCUUGGAACCUCCCUCCUCUCCCCUCUGUUCCCCCUGCAGCAAGAUGUUUGACAUUGAGCUGUGCCCUCUGCCCUUCUCCAUGGAGGAGAUGUUUGGGUUCAUUAGCUGCAGGUUCUCAGGCUACCCAGCAUCUGUGCAGGAGCAGGCUCUGCUCUGGCUGCAUGUAAGUAUAAGGCCUGUUGCUGUUUACGAGGAUCCAUUUCAUAUUGUCUGGUUGAAAUGAAAUGAACAGGUUGUCAUGAUGUGUGAGUGCCUGGGCAGGGGCUGUACUGAAUAUGGAACUGAGUCACACGGCCAGCAUGAGACCGGAGUUCUGAGAGUGAGAGAGGAGGGAUUUUGCUUUUGAUUCCAUAUGCACUCACAGCCUGCUGUCCUAUAUACGUGGAAGGGUUUUCAAGUUUUCUGUCACGACUGUGAUAACAGACACCAAAGUAAUUCAAUCUGACUAUAUAGGUCACACUCAAAGCAGAAAUACAGGAGUCUGUGUAGUGUACUACAUUCACAUUUUUAUCUGCUUAUAUAUGUUUUCUCUUUUACCUCUCUUAAUGUCUAUGUUGUUUGUUUGUUUGUGUGUUUUAUAUGUGUGUGUAAACCUGUUUUUGUCAUUAAUGUGUCUUGUGUUUGGUGUGCAUCUUUGUGUGUUCUCUUGUGUGUUUGUGUACCUGUUGGUGUAUGUGUGUGUGUGUGUGUGUGUGUGUGUGUGUGUGUCUGGUUGGACACAGGUGUUGUCAGAGCUGGACAUUGUGGUGCCUCUGCAGCUGUUAAUCGGGAUGUUCUCUGACGGGGUGAACUCUGUGAAGGAACUGGCCAAUCAGAGAAAGACUCGAGUCUCAGAUCUAACUGGCGAAAAUACUGAGGCUCGGAGGGUGAGAUAUCGUACUAGUCAUCAACUCCCAUGCAAAACCACCUCAAUGCCACAGAAAUAAGCUAUUAUCGCUCACAUUUCCUCUCUCUGAAUAAACAGUAAGAGCAGAACAAAUGAGCAGUUACAAAUUACAGUUUACAUCCACAAUCUGAAAAUGCUUGUUAUCUAUCUACCCAGCUAGCACAUAAUGUUCUGAGAACCCAUAUGUUUCUUAGAGCUUGGUGAGAGCGUGGUUGUCCUAUGGUUAUUUUGCAUACAACCUUCCCACAACUUUCUGGGAAUGGUGCAGGAUAGUUGCUUGGCUUUGGAACAUUCUCAGCACGUUAAAGGAACUUUACAAAAAUACUUUAUUUUCUGGGUAUUUCAUUACUUUAACAGAACGUUUCCUAAAAGUACAAACAUGGUUACAUUUAAUGUAACCAAUUUUGGAUAUGUUCUAGGAACAUUCUCCAACUGGUUUGGCAUUGGGAAUGUUCUCAAAUAGUUCAGAGAACGUUAAGAAACAACAUUAUACUGUGGGAAUUUCAAUACUUCAGCAUAACGUUUUCUGCAGGUUUCCUCAUGGUUCUAUUUAAAGUAAUGUCCUCAGAACAUUAAGAAAACUUUCCUUAAAAACCACAAGCAAACCUUAGUAACGUUCAAAGAACAUUUUAGUAAUGUUAUUUAAAAACAUACAUUCCGUUCUCAGCUUCAACGAAACUCUCUCUAUCCUCUAUCUUGUUAAGUGUGUUCUGGUGUGUUGGCCACUCCCACUAAUUGGCCACACCUGAUCUUAAUGAGUGCUUGUUUCCUAUGAAAUGGGGUCCGUUUGAAUAGACUAAAAUGAACAGCUUUGUAUGAGUAAAAAAAAACAUGGCUCCAUCCUGGUGGCGCAGUGGACUAAUUCCAUGGAUAGAGAACAGAAGAUCAUAGGUUUAAAUGUCACUGACGCCGUGCCACAAUAAAAAAGAAAUGUGUAUGCAUGAUUAAUGCCUAAGCAAAUCAAUGUCCAUGUGUCCUAUUUGUGCUUGGAGUUACAGCUAACCUAAGCAAGCAGUGUUAUUAAAAGUCAUAUUGAAACAUGUUCUCAGAACGUUAUUUAAUUACCUUCAAAUAACCUAUCAAACCUCCCAGGAAAACUUUCAGGGAACCAUUGUAAAACGUUCUUAAAAACUCCCUGCAACCUAAAAAUAUACUUCCCAGAACAGGCAAAAUGUUCACUUCCGUUCACAGAACGUUAAAAAACAUUCAGUUUUACCGGUCAGGAAACGUAUGCCUUCGUUCCCAGAACCAAUGGGAAACCAAAAACGUACGUUCCCACAACUUCCAAGGAACCAAAUGUGCUAGCUGGGUACCCUCUAUUGUAGACCAUCCACAGGCAUGUGCGUUGCCAUGGUAACUGCUGAAGUCUAAAUAUAGUCCUAUUUAAGGGGCUUAAUUGAGCUCUGCCAUCAUUCAGAUUUAUCAGUGAAAGUUAAAGCCUUUAGCUCAUCUAUCCCAGUAUAUUUCUACACCUGAAUACACCUCGAUAACUUGGAGGGUAGAUCUCAGGAUAGUAUAAUUACUGAAUACACCUCGAUAACUUGGAGGGUAGAUCUCAGGACAGUACAAUUAUGGAACAAUGAUACGUGUUUGUGUGUUUGUGUGUGUGUGUGUGCAUGCAUGCGUGCUUGUGUGUCAUGUCCCUAGGAAAGCGUGGUUUCAGAUCCAGGCCGCCGUGGGCCACACAACACCCUGAGCCCGUUCCCCAGUCCGUUCCGGAGCCCAUUCCGGAGCCCCCUGCACUGCAGCCCCUUUAAGAACCUGGGCCAUGCUACGGGACACUGUGCCCUGGACCUGGACUGUGACGAUGAUGACAUGAACCUGGGCUGCUUCAUCCUCAUGUUCGACCUCAUCCUCAAACAGGUGGCAAGCCCAUACACUGCAGACAUGGGUUCAAUUAUACAGUACAGUUACAUUUUACAAUACCUAAUUGAAUACGUCAGAGCCACCAAGUUGAGUUCUGUCCCACUUUCUAUUUCUGUAGGUUCUCCUGUUCAACAUGUUGUGAUGGUUACUUAAUAAUAAUAAUAAUAAUUUAAUCCAUUUGUAAAGUGCUUUUCAUUAUACAGAAUAAUCUCAAAGUGCAUAAUAUAUAUUUUUUAAACCAAAUAGAAAUAACAUUGACACAACUAGACAGGGCAACUGACACAAUAAACCCAGCUGAUGCUACAAUGUCCUUGUCCAGAUGGAGCUCCAGGAUGACGGCGUGAUGCUCGGUCUGGAAAACAGCCUGGGGAAGGACAUUGUGGGCAUCAUCAACAACAUCUUCCAGGCCCCAUGGGGGGGCUCCCACACCUGUCAGAAGGACGAGAAGGCCCUGGAGUGCAGCCUGUGCCAGUCCAGCAUUUUGUGCUACCAGCUAGGCUGUGAGCUCCUGGAGAGACUCACCCCCAGGGAGGAGAUACGGCUGGUGGUGAGACACACAUGCACACUCCUGUAAAAACAACAUGAAGGAUGUUUUGAAUUGGUCCAAUCGUUUUUCAGUGGUUGGUAAUUCUUACUGUAUUUGGUUGUCAAUAGACAUGAUUGUGUCUUCCCUAUAGGAGCCAACAGACAUCUUGGAGGACACAUUGCUGUUGCCUCAAGUGUUUGGGCCUGAACAACGGACAAAGCAAGGGACAGAGGAAGCGGACAACCCUGCCAGCACACACACUGACAACCCUACAAUUCAAAGUUACUCUCCUGACAACCCACGUAUGUAUCCAUGGCGAACUAAGGCUUGGGUUGGAAGGGUUUUGGUAGGGUACAGAAUAUCUCAGUAUACUGAUACAGAUCUGAUGAAACACAAGCAGAACAAUUCUCAGUUGUGUAGGUGUAAACACCUUACCAAAAUCUAAUCCCAAAUGUAUUUUAUGACAUGAAGCCAACGAAUGAGAAAAAAAUAUUUAUCUGUAACAGUUCAGAGGCUGCGUGCAACAUGAAAAGGAAACACUGCAUAGUUUCUCCUCUGCUGAGGAAUUCUCUCUUUUACAUCAAAGCUUUCUCUCCUACAGCAAUGAAGAAUAAUGCUGAUAAGAAGUUUUCCUACCAGCAGCUCCCUGUGUCUCUCAAGCUAAUAUACACUAUUCUGCAGGUACCUGCCAGUCCACCUUUAUCCAGUGUUAAGGCAUCUUGUAAUGUACAGAUAUAAACUGUCUAAAGAAUAUAAUAGAUGCAUAAUCAAAGACAAUAAUCUUGUAUCCUCAUUAGAAAAGACUGAGUGAGCAAAGGAACUGUACCUUUUGUUCCCUUUGUAGGAAAUGUCUAAGUUUGAGGAGCCUGAUAUCCUGUUCAACAUGCUGAACUGUCUGAAGAUCCUGUGUCUCCAUGGAGAGUGUCUGUACCUGGCCUGUAAGGACCACCCCCAGUUUCUGGCCCACAUCCAGGAGAAGAUGCUAAUUCCCAGGUCAGCACAGUCACCAUCACCACAUGGUGCCUCUCCUGCAGUUUCACACGUAGCUUGUUUGUUUACAGAAAUCUCUGCUAGUACUUUCUUUAAACAUGCCUUGCGUCAUGAGAUGUAGCAACUGAAAUCGUUGAUCACGAUCUUGAUGUCAUUUGUACUUCAUCAUCAAACACGUGAAGAGCAGCCAGGUAUGUGUGUGUGUGUGUCUAAUGUGAUACCUGUGUGUUGCAGCCUGUGGACCAUGCUGAAGUCCGAGUUCUGCCAGCUGGCCUCCCUGGCCGUGCCUCAGCUCCUGCAUGCCCUCUCCCUCUCCCACGGAGCAGACAUCUUUUGGAACCUGGUGGACAGCAACUUUAACAGCAAGGACUGGAAGAUACGCUUCGAAGCAGGUGAAUUAUAUAUGAGGCUUCACCUCACGUGUGCGUGUGAGUACUGUAUGUGAUGAUAUGAAUGAAUCAUGAGGGGAGGACAUCCACCCCUCUCCUAUAAUCCCCCCCAACAAACCGUUGUCUACAGACAUCUCCUCCCUGCAUUGCCAUGGUUACUACUGUAUGUGUCUCCAGCAGGCAGCACAGAGGAAUUGUGGGAUUAUUAAUCAGGCCCUUCUCUCCCUGUGAUUGGCAGAGAGAAGCAAUGUGUGACCUUGAGACAGAGUCAGUGGACAGGGUCUCUGUCUGGUAGCAUUCAUAUACUGUAGACACUGAGGGUAGAUAGUUACUUUACAUAUAGGUUAGGUUAGAUUCAAAUAUUUAUUUUGAUUUCAUUUUUGUAGUUUUAUUGUGACAUUGUCACAGAGCGCUAAUUAUAAUAUAAUAUCAGUCUGUUACAUUCAAAUGCAAUAAUUUAACAGACUCUAACUAUAAACAGCAUAGAAAGUAGAUGUUUAUUACAUAUUGCUUGCAAAGUAACAUUACUAAUUAACAUGAACAAUUGCUAAGGGAAAUUAUGUCAUGACUACAGGUUGUGUGCACACGUGAGCCGUAGGAUGAUGAUCAUAUUAGCUGUUCUGAAACAGAUGGUAAUUUACUUGUCUGUGUAAAUCAACCCAAAAAGACACCAGUUCGGUGCCAAAGCAGUACUAUGGCCCACAGGCAAUCUGGCUACAAUAAUGCUGUCUCCCCUCCCUCUACUGCCACACUGCCAUCUAGUGACAGGCACUGUACAUUAACCAUCAGCGUUAGAGUGAUGCUGUUUUAACAUGAUCCUUUGCAGUGUCCUAUCAAACUUUAUGUGACAUGGCGUUGAGAUGUUGUCUUGUGCCCUGUCUGUGUUGUCAUGGUAACUCCCAGUGGAGAAGGUGGCGGUGCUCUGUUGGUUCCUAGACAUUGGUUCUUUGACGAAGAACCAUCUGCUGAAGUACUCCCUGGCCCAUGCGUUCUGCAGCUUCCUGACCUCUGUAGAGGAUGUCAACCCGGCUGUGGCCACACGCGCCAGGCUUCUGCUGGACACCAUCAAGAGCCCAGCACUACAGGUGACUAACAGAUAUCUAUCUAGGCUAAGAUAAACUGCCAUACAACCACUUUUCAUGUGACAAUUGAUCACGUGUAUGGAGUCUUUCUUGUCCUGGAGAACAAAUUGCUUCGCAGCAUGUCAGCAAACCAUUUUUUAUUGAUGAAUAGCACAAAAACAUGUAAGUGCAGUGCUAACACUUGUGUAUUUGUGUGUCUGUGUCUGUGUGUCUGUGUGUUUGUGUGUCUGUGUCUGUGUGUUUGUGUGUCUGUGUCUGUGUGUUUGUAUGUCUGUGUCUGUGUAUUUGUGUGUCUGCAGGGUUUGUGUCUGUGCCUGGACUUCCAGUUCGACACUGUGGUGAGGGACCGGCCCAUCAUCCUCAGCAAGCUGCUGAUGCUGCACCACUUGAAGCAGGAGGUCCCUGCCCUCAGCUGGGAGUUCUUUGUCAACCGCUUUGAGACGCUCUCCCUGGAGGCCCAGCUCCACCUGGACUGCAACAAGGAGUUCCCUUUCCCAACCAGUACGCCCAGCUGGGGGAUUCUCUCAGUUACAUAGUCUGCAGAAUAUAAUUUACAGUAUGACUAAUAUUCAAUACAACAAACCAACCAUGUAGGGAAACAUAAACCUGUGAAAUAAGAACAUUACAGUUCAUGUUUGUGUGGUUGAGGUGUGUUAAGUGUUAUGAGACACAGGCACAGUGAUGUGUGUUAUUUAUCUUUCCUUCCUUGCCUUUGCCUGUCAGCCAUCACAGCUGUGCGCACCAACGUGGCCAACCUUAGUGAUGCAGCGAUGUGGAAAAUCAGACGUGCGCGCUUUGCCAGGAACCGCCAGAAGAGUGUACGUUCCCUCCGUGACAGCGUCAAGGGCCCGUCCACGACCAAGCGAGCCUUCUCCCUCCCAGAGACUCUGUGUAACCGACUACGUGAGUGUCCAUCGGUUGGUUAGGCUACUAGUCCGUAGGUCUCAGCUUUUGUCUGUCCCAUGCUUCUACUGUUUCUCUCUUCAUCAAUUCACCUCUCUCUUCUGUUAGUAUACCUACAAAAUCUGUAUUCCUGUUUGUUUCAUUCAAUUGCAUAUUUUCUCAGUGAUUUGUUCUCUUGCUGGAGGUAAGAGGUUUCUCUUCUCUGUGAUUUCCUCAUUGACCCUGCACAGGAUGCGGUCUGAGUUUCUGGGAGAGGGGGUCUACUGUUGCCUUUAGACUGUGUGUGGUUGUUGAGCUUGAGUAAGCAAGUGGAGGCUAAAUUAUUAAUAGAAUAACUCGACAAGUCUCAGCAUCCACAUACAUCUUGGGAUCACUUUAUGUGAAUGGUGUGAGACAUUGGGAUGUAUAGGGUUGUCUGGUGUGAGACAUUGGGAUGUAUAGGGUUGUCUGGUGUGAGACAUUGGGAUGUAUAGGGUUGUCUGGUGUGAGAAUUGGGAUGUAUAGGGUUGUCUGGUGUGAGACAUUGGGAUGUAUAGGGUUGUCUGGUGUGAGACAUUGGGAUGUAUAGGGUUGUCUGGUGUGAGACAUUGGGAUGUAUAGGGUUGUCUGGUGUGAGACAUUGGGAUGUAUAGGGUUGUCUGGUGUGAGACAUUGGGAUGUAUAGGGUUGUCUGGUGUGAGACAUUGGAUGUAUAGGGUUGUCUGGUGUGAGACAUUGGGAUGUAUAGGGUUGUCUGGUGUGAGACAUUGGGAUGUAUAGGGUUGUCUGGUGUGAGACAUUGGGAUGUAUAGGGUUGUCUGGUGUGAGACAUUGGGAUGUAUAGGGUUGUCUGGUGUGAGACAUUGGGAUGUAUAGGGUUGUCUGGUGUGAGACAUUGGGAUGUAUAGGGUUGUCUGGUGUGAGACAUUGGGAUGUAUAGGGUUGUCUGGUGUGAGACAUUGGGAUGUAUAGGGUUGUCUGGUGUGAGACAUUGGGAUGUAUAGGGUUGCCUGGUGUGAGACAUUGGGAUGUAUAGGGUUGUCUGGUGUGAGACAUUGGGAUGUAUAGGGUUGUCUGGUGUGAGACAUUGGGAUGUAUAGGGUUGUCUGGUGUGAGACAUUGGGAUGUAUAGGGUUGUCUGGAAGCUCAGACGUGUCCUGUGCUAUCUCCCCAGAACAUUCUCCUAAAUUGUGUUCUUCAUGUGUGGUUUUUAGCUUUAAGGCUUACGAGGCAAGAGCACUCUGCCCCGACUCUGGGAGAUAUGAUAGAGAAAGUCCUGCCAGGUAAAUAACAACCCAAAUCUAAAUACAGAAACAGAUCAACAUUCCCUUCAGCAUAAUCACAUCAUAUACAGUGGGGAAAAAAAGUAUUUAGUCAGCCACCAAUUGUGCAAGUUCUCCCACUUAAAAAGAUGAGAGAGGCCUGUAAUUUUCAUCAUAGGUACACGUCAACUAUGACAGACAAAAUGAGGGGAAAAAAAUCCAGAAAAUCACAUUGUAGGAUUUUUUAUGAAUUUAUUUGCAAAUUAUGGUGGAAAAUAAGUAUUUGUUCAAUAACAAAAGUUUCUCAAUACUUUGUUAUAAACCCUUUGUUGGCAAUGACACAGGUCAAACGUUUUCUGUAAGUCUUCACAAGGUUUUCACACACUGUUGCUGGUAUUUUGGCCCAUUCCUCCAUGCAGAUCUCCUCUAGAGCAGUGAUGUUUUGGGGCUGUCACUGGGCAACACAGACUUUCAACUUCCCUCCAAAGAUUUUCUAUGGGGUUGAGAUCUGGAGACUGGCUAGGCCACUCCAGGACCUUGAAAUGCUUCUUACGAAGCCACUCCUUCGUUGCCCGGGCGGUGUGUUUGGGAUCAUUGUCAUGCUGAAAGACCCAGCCACGUUUCAUCUUCAAUGCCCUUGCUGAUGGAAGGAGGUUUUCACUCAAAAUCUCACGAUACAUGGCCCCAUUCAUUCUUUCCUUUACACGGAUCAGUCGUCCUGGUCCCUUUGCAGAAAAACAGCCCCAAAGCAUGAUGUUUCCACCCCCAUGCUUCACAGUAGGUAUGGUGUUCUUUGGAUGCAACUCAGCAUUCUUUGUCCUCCAAACACGACGAGUUGAGUUUUUACCAAAAAGUUCUAUUUUGGUUUCAUCUGACCAUAUGACAUUCUCCCAAUCCUCUUCUGGAUCAUCCAAAUGCACUCUAGCAAACUUCAGACGGGCCUGGACAUGUACUGGCUUAAGCAGGGGGACACGUCUGCACUGCAGGAUUUGAGUCCCUGGCGGUGUAGUGUGUUACUGAUGGUAGGCUUUGUUACUUUGGUCCCAGCUCUCUGCAGGUCAUUCACUAGGUCCCCCCGUGUGGUUCUGGGAUUUUUGCUCACCGUUCUUGUGAUCAUUUUGACCCCACGGGUGAGAUCUUGCGUGGAGCCCCAGAUCGAUUGAGAUUAUCAGUGGUCUUGUAUGUCUUCCAUUUCCUAAUAAUUGCUCCCACAGUUGAUUUCUUCAAACCAAGCUGCUUACCUAUUGCAGAUUCCGUCUUCCCAGCCUGGUGCAGGUCUACAGUUGUGUUUCUGGUGUCCUUUGACAGCUCUUUGGUCUUGGCCAUAGUGGAGUUUGGAGUGUGACUGUUUGAGGUUGUGGACAGGUGUCUUUUAUACUGAUAACAAGUUCAAACAGCUGCCAUUAAUACAGGUAACGAGUGGAGGACAGAGGAGCCUCUUAAAGAAGAAGUUACAGGUCUGUGAGAGCCAGAAAUCUUGCUUGUUUGUAGGUGACCAAAUACUUAUUUUCCACCAUAAUUUGCAAAUAAAUUCAUUACAAAUCCUACAAUGUGAUUUUCUGGAUUUUUUCUUCUCAAUUUGUCUGUCAUAGUUGACGUGUACCUAUGAUGAAAAUUACAGGCCUCUCUCAUCUUUUUAAGUGGGAGAACUUGCACAAUUGGUGGCUGACUAAAUACUUUUUUUUCUCACUGUAACUAACUUAUGGCUACUGAUAAAGUUGAUGGGCAUCAGGAAACUUGAUGAAAAAGCAAUGUUUGCUCUUCACUGACAUUCAUUGCUUUUCAUCCAAAAUUCAUAGAUACCCACUGGGCACACACUGGUUGAAUCAAUGUUGUUCCCACGUCAUUUCAAUGAAAUUACGUUGAACCAAUGUGGAAUAGACGUUGAACUGACAUCUGUGCCCAGUUGGCAGUCCGUUCUUUUUUAGUCUCAAAAACAAAUAAUGUUGGAAUUGGAGAAAACUGUUACUCUUGCUAUCUUGAUAGCUUGUCACAUUUUCUGUUUGCAUUUGACAUAUACCAUGAAUAUGUUAAAGUGAUGUCCAUAUAUGUAAUCACCUUGCCGAAUGUAGACCAAAUUAGAUGACUGUCGUACCCUCUCCCUCGCUUUGUUCCCCUGCUUCACCGCCCCUCUCCUCUCCAUCCGCUCCCCUGCCUGCAGCACGCUUCCUCCCGCCCUUUAACCCUGACGCUUCGGCCCCUUUCCUAGGCCACAGCCCCUCACCGGAGGAUGACUCAGUCAUCAGGGACCUGCUGCCAGAGGAUGCUGGGAUAGACCACCAGACGGUGCACCAGCUCAUCAUGGUGCUCAUGAAGUUCAUGGCCAAAGACAAGAGCAGUGCCGAGGCAGACAUCGGCAGUGCCAAGGCCUUCAACUCGGUGAAGCGCCACCUGUAUGUGCUGCUGGGCUAUGACCAGCAGGAGGGUUGCUUCAUGAUCGCACCGCAAAAGAUGAGGACCUCCACCUGCUUCAAUGCUUUCAUCGCUGGCAUCGCACAGGUCAGAGGAUAUCAUUAACCCUAUAAAUGAUCGCCGUUAAUGCUGUAAUAAUUCUAACAUUAGUUUUAAUGACAAUCCUUGAAUAAAUCUAGAGUUUAAUCCCGAGAAAAAUCCCUGACUCUCACUUGCUUCAGUUGGGAGUAAAUGAAAGGUGGGAGUUUUUUCAGUUUGUUUCCCACUGUAAAGUUGAAGUCUUAUAUUGCUGCUGCUGAAUGAGGUGAAUUAUGACAAUCUGUCAAGCAUCAAGAAGAACCUAGCGUGACGCGAUAUCUCCUCCAGGUGAUGGACUACAACAUUGGGUUGGGGAAGCAGCUGCUCCCCCUGGUGGUCCAGGUGUUGAAGUACUGCACCUGCCCCCAGCUCAGACACUACUUCCAGCAGCCGCCGCGCUGCUCUCUCUGGGCCCUGCAGCCACACAUCAGACAGAUGUGGCUCAAAGCCCUGCUGGUCAUCCUCUACAAGGUACACACUACCCACGGUUGGAAUAUAAUGAAAUCUUAUCCACUAUUUGAAUGUGUUUACAUUGUAAGCUUUAUAGAUACAGUGUGUCUAUAGUUGAUUACCUGUACUUCUGAAAAUGUUAGUAUUGAGGACAGCUAAUUUAUACAUAUUUAAGUUGCAUUGUACUCUCUUACCCUUCACUUCUACCGAUCCUGUGUGUGGUCCCAGUACCCCUACAGGGACAUGGACGUGAGUAAAGGGGUUCUGCACCUGAUCCACAUCACCAUCAACACCCUGAAUGCCCAGUACCACAGCUGUAGACCCCAUGCCACCGCCGGACCCCUCUACAGUGACAACUCCAACAUCAGCCGCUACAACGAGAAAGAGAAAGGUGGGGACAACAGAGAUCAUCACAUGCCUGGACUCUAAAUAUAGGCUUUUACUUGAAAUUAAUCAGGAAUAAGAAUUAAGAGUUUUGGACAUACAUUACAUUUUAGUCAUUUAGCAGAUGGUCUUAUCCAGAGCGACUUACAGUUAGUGCAUUUAUCUUAAGAUAGCUAGGUGGGACAACCACAUAUAACAGUCAUAGUAAGUACAUACACGGGGUGGGGGGGUGCUGUGGGAUUAUUUAAAAUACUCUUUGAAGAGGUAAGGUUUCAGAUGUUUUUGGAAUAUGGGCAGGGACUGCUACCCUAGCUUCAAGGGGAAGCUGGUUCCACCAUUGGGGUGCCAGGACAAAGAGCUUGGACUGGGCUCCUGUAGGGGUCGGAGGGCCAAGAAACCAGAGUUAGCAGAACGGAUUGCUUGGAUUGGGGUGUAGGGUUUGAGCAUAGCCUGAAGGUAGGGAGGGGCAGUUCCUCUUGCUGCUCCGUAGGCAAGUACCAUGGUCUUGUAGUGGAUGCGAGCUUCGACUGGAAGCCAGUGGAGUGUGCGGAGGAGUGGGGUGACAUGGGAGAACUUGUUAAGGUUGAACACCAGGCGGGCUGCAGCAUUCUGGAUAAGUUGCAGGGGUUUGAUGGCACAAGCGGGGAGCCCAGCCAACAGCGACUUGCAGUAAUCCAGAUGGGAGAUGACAAGUGCCUGGAUAAGGACCUGCGCUGCUUCCUGUGUGAGGUAGGGUCAUAUUCUACGGAUGUUGUAGAGCUUGAAGGAGAAUAUGACGGCGCCAAGUGACUUGGUGUACAGAGAGAAGAGGAGAUGGCCUAGAACUGAGCCCUGCGGGACAUCAGUAGUGAGAUUAAGUGGUGCAGACACAGAUCCUCUCCACGUCACCUGGUAGGAUCAGCCUGCCAGGUAGGAUGCAAUACAAGAGUGUGCAGAGCCUGAGACGCCCAGCCCUGAGAGGGUGGAGUGGAGGAUCUGAUGGUUCACGGUAUCAAAGGCAGAGGAUAGAUCUAGGAGGAUGAGAACAGAGGAGAAAGAGUCAGCUUUGGCAGGGCGGAGAGCCCCCGUGAUACAGAGUAGAGCAGUCUCAGUUGAGUGACCCGUCUUGAAGCCUGACUGGUUAGGGUCAAGAAGGUCGCUCUGAGAGAGAUAGCGAAAGAGUUGGUCAGAGACAGCACGCUCAAGUGUUAUGGAAAGAAAAGAAAGAAGGGAUACCGGUCUGUAGUUUUUUACCUCAGAGGAGUCGAGUGUUGGUUUCUUGAGGAGGGGAGCGACUCGGGCCAUUUUGAAGUCAGAGGGGAUGCAGCCAGUGGUCAGGGAUGAGUUGAUGAGGGAAGUGAGGAAUGGGAGAAGGUCUCCAAAGAUGAUCUGAAGAAGGGAGGAGGGGAUGCAGUCGAGCGUGCAGGUUGUCGGGCGGCCGGACUUCACUAGUUGCAGGAUGUGAAUGAGGAGCGGAUUUUGUUAACCUUCUUUUCAAAGUGGUUAACAAAGUCGUCUGCAGGCAGGGAGGGGGAGGGGUGAAGGAUUAAGCUUGAAAUUUAGAGUGAUAGUUUAGUGGCUUUAGCAGCAGACACAGGGGAAGAGAAGGUAGGGAAAAAGGGAAUGAAAGGAUGAUAGGUCCUCCGGAAGUUAAUUUUUCCUAACUUUUCGCUCAGCUGCCCGCAGAGUAGGGUCGAAGAGGCAGAAUCAGGAGACAGGAGUGAGAAGAAUUUAUCAGAAGGGAGAGAUGAUAGAAUAGAAGAGGAGAAAGUAGUGGGAGAGAGAAAGCGAAGAUUGCGAUGGCGCAUGACCAUCUGGGUAGGGGCUGAGUGGCUAGGGUUGGAGGAAAGGGAGACAGAAAGGGAAACAAAGUAAUAAUCAGAGACCUGGAGGACAGUUGCAGUGAGAUUAGUAGGCAAACAACCUCUAGUAAAGAUCAGGUCAAGCAUAUUUCCUGACUUGUGAGUGGGAGGGGACUGGGAAAUGGUGAGGUCAAAAGAGGCAAGGAGGGGAAAGAGGGUUUGAAAGAAAUGAAUCGAAGGCAGAUGUCAGGAGGUUGAAGUCACCAAGUCAUCAUCAGGAAAUGAGUUUAUCAAGGUUUCAAGCUCAUUGAGGAACUCUCUAAGGACACCUGGUAGGCGGUAGAUGACAACAAUGUUGAGCUUGAGUGGACAAGUGACAGCAUGGAAUUCAAAUGAGGAGAUGGACAGGUGAGAGAGGGGGAAAAGAGAAAAUCUCCACUUUGGAGAAAUGAGUAGCCCUGUACCACCACCACGACAACCAGAUGCUCUUGCACUAUGAGAGAAAACGUAGUCAGAGUAAGAGAGAGCAGCUGGAGUAGCAGUGUUCUCUGGGGUGAUCCCAGUCUCUGUCAGAGCCCAAAAAUACAGAUGUAGGAUCUUAAUUUGACCUAUAUAAUCCUUCAGCAACAGGAUUUGAACGUUUAGUCCAUAAUGUUGCUUGAUUGGUGGUUAGGUUAUUAGCUGGCCAAACAAUUGGCUGCAUUAAAAGGGCAAUACUGUAAAUAUAACCGUGUGUUAGUAUGGGUUUUCAGUGAAUUUAUCUAAAUCACGAAGCUCAUCCGCAUUUCCUGCAGUGCAAGUCAAUGCUUAGCAACAACAAUAGUGAUCAAAUUAAGAUCCUACAUCUGUAAUGUGUAUGUUGUUUUUCUUUCAGAGGAGGACAGUGUGUUUGAUGAGUCUGACAUCCAUGACACCCCAACUGGAGCAGGCAACAAGGAGUCCCAGACCUUCUUCGCCCGUCUGAAAAGGAUCGGUGGCAGCAAGUCUGUCAAGUACCAGCCGGUGGAGCUGAAUGCCCAGAAAAGUAUGAAAAUAGUCUCAAAGGAUGACCUAUUUUAUCCAGCAAUGAAAUUCAUUGAACUUAAACGCUUUCGCUGAUAUGAAUUGAGCUUUCACAGAUUUUCCCGAUCAGAUAUGAUCUAUCUUUUGAUCCUUUCUCUGUCUGUGUCAGGUGAAAUUGAGCUGUCUGAGUACCGCGAGGCCAGUGCCCUGCAGGACAGCAUCUUGCACUGUGUGAAGGAGGAGAGCACCAGGAAGAAGCGUCUGCAGGCCAUGCACAAGCAGAAGUCCCUGGACAUUUCCAACACUGACUCCAUCCUCUACAACCUGGACGAGCACCGACGCAAGUCCUGCAUAGACCGCUGUGACCUGCAGCAUGGUCCCUCCGCACCCCCCUCCUCCACCACCUCCCACCCCAGGCGGACAGGGGGCCAUGGGAAGGGCUCGUCAGACGGCUCCUCAGGCCGAGCGGAGGGCAGUGACCACCAGGAACGUUCAGGCUCCCUGAAGGGCCACUCAGACUGCUCCAGGCCUGUCAUCCCAGAGGUGCGUCUCAGCUGCAUGGAGACUUUUGAGGACAAGGCCGACUUGGACUCCCCUCUUACAGGCGGCUCUUCUGCAGAGAAGGAGGACCAGGACCUCAUUGACCUCUCCUCCGACUGCACUUCCAUCCCAGAGAAGCACUCCAUCCUCUCCAUGUCCGACAGCGACUCCCUGGUGUUUGAGCCCCUACCACCACUGAGGAUAGUGGAGAGUGACGAGGAGUUUGACCUGAAUACGGUGAUGGGCCCCAGGUUGAAUGGGAGUGCCAGGCCCCCUGCUUCCCCUGCCAGGCCCGCUGUCUCCCCUGCCAGGCCCGCUGCCUCCCCUGCCAGGCCCGCUGUCUCCCCUGCCAAGCCCGCUGCCUCCCCUGCCAGGCCCCCCGCCUCCCCUGCCGGCAGCAGCACCCUGCACCUGUCCGCUAUGGUGCAGGUGAGUGUGGAGGACUGCUCUAAGGACAAGAGGACCACAGACUCCCAAGCAAAAGAAAGCCCCCAACAGCCUCUACAGAGGAGGCCACGCUAUGCGACCCCCACCACCUCCCUGGAGCUGCCUGACUGGCUGGAGCACCCUGGCCUGGAGAGUCCCAUGACCCUCAGCUUACAACAGAAGAGGGACCUGCUGAGGAAGACCCCUGCUGUCCCUGACACCUCCCUGGAUGACUUUGUGCACCCUGAGGACCUGAAGGCAGUGGUGGGUCUGGGGACCAGUCCCUCUGGCAGGACGGUCUUCCUGGACAUCCCUGAGGACACAGUUGAACCCCUCACCUCUCUGGAGGGGAACAACAACGAUGAAGAGGAAUAUUAUGAAGAAGAUGAUGAUGACCUUGAUGACAGUGACCUUAAACCUGAUGAUGAUGAUAAUGAUGAAGAUGAUGAUGAUGAGAAUGAAGAGGCAGAGUUUAAGAUCCAGAUAGUUCCCCGGCAACGCAAACAGAGGAAGAUAGCUGUGAGCGCCAUCCAGAGAGAGUACCUGGACAUCUCCUUCAACACCCUGGACAAACUGGGUGAGCAGCCCACUGAUACAGGUAAGAGAGACCAGGGUCAGGGGAGACAGGAGCCUCAGUCCAGAGAGAGGGGUCCCUCUGUAUGGACCUACAGCUGCUGUGCCCCUGAGAUAAGUAUGCUGACUUCAUGCACAAUAUGUAUUUGGAUGUAUGUGUGUUUCAGUGGUGACAUCUCUAAGGUUUGAGGGGGCUUAGGAGAUAUGACUGAUAAAACAAGUUUUCAACUGAAGUGUCUGCUUAGAAGUGCAGAACCACAUGAACAAAAUAUAAAUUGUCUAGUCGUAUAUCCACGCUACCUCCAAUCUUUAGUCAACUGGUCACCACUGCUGUCUCCUGUUCUGUGGUGUGGCUUUGUACAUGUCUCUCCCUUUCCCCAUUCCAACCAAUGGUAAACCACUGAAAAGCAUACUGUAAAAGAAAGUCCUAGAAACCGAUAAGUUAAUAUCAGUACAGCGCCUUCAAAUUACUGCAACACACUUUCCAUAAAUAGCUGUCCAUAUAAGAACUAGUAAUAGCAUAAAAUGAGAAGGCAAAUUUGUUUUUUACUAAAUAGUACUUCAAUAAACAAUUUUAAUUUCUUCAACACAUCUUCAUUUUAGAUUGCUCUUGCACUAGGACUCAAUGUAUACUUGCAGUUAACUACUUGUAGCUCUACACUACAUUUGUAUUGGCGUUGGGUGUCUGCAGCAUCCCAUGCUCUAAACAGUUGUCUACAUGUGAGGUAAUAAGGUGGCUGAGAUGCUGAAGCAGCCACUAUUCCGCCCCAUCACUCACCCACAUUGCCUUACAGAUCACAAAGUUCUGUCUACCCUGGAAAAGCCACGGGAAUCCGCCUCAGCCCCCACCCUCGAAGCUGCUAUCCCAGAAACAAGCAACCGCUCUUCAGUAUCAAGUAGGAUCCAAAUACUUCCACAUUGUCAUGUGUUUAAAUCACCAAUAAAACCGGGUGUGGUCAUUACACCAAGAACAUUACACUGUUCAAACAUUUGGCCUUGGUUUUUUCAAGGUGUAAAAUACUUUUUCUUGAGUCGUUCUUUCUCAGCGUUUUGUUUUAGACACCAGUGCAGUUUUUUCAUGGUUAUUUUAUUUUUCUUAUCAAUAGAUCAGGAUUCUAUCUAUCCGACGAUAUAUAUACAUUCAUGAAUAUACGCAACUAAGCCAUUCAAUCAUUUCAUUUGUAUAUUUACCUCUGUGAGUGUCUUCUACUCCCCAUUUUCCUGACAGUUGCUUUAAAGGGCAAUUCCACCACUUUUCAACCUCAUAUUCAUUAUCUCCAGCACCAAAUCAGUGUCUACAUACUGUAUGUGAAAACAGCACAUUUCUAUGAUCUGUGGUUAAAAAGAUAAGAAGAAAGGUCCUAAAAAAAUGCUUCUCUGUGACAUCACAGGGUAGGAUUAAAAGUAAAAAACUGUGAUUUUCAAAACCUGCAACGAGUUUCUAGCCCAAGGGAGAAAUGCACCGUUUUCACAUACAGUGGCUUGCGAAAGUAUUCACCCCCCUUGGCAUUUUUCCUAUUUUGUUGCCUUACAACCUGGAAUUAAAAUUGAUUUUUUGGGGGUUUGUAUCAUUUGAUUUACACAAGAUGCCUACCACUUUGAAGAUGCCAAAUAUUUUUUUGGGUGAAACAAACAAGAAAUAAGACAAAAAAACACAAAACUUGAGCGUGCAUUACUAUUCACCACCCCAAAGUCAAUACUUUGUAGAGCCACUUUUUGCAGCAAUUACAGCUGCAAGUCUCUUGGCACAUCUAGCCACUGGGAUUUUUGCCCAUUCUUCAAGGCAAAACUGCUCCAGCUCCUUCAAGUUGGAUGGGUUCUGCUGGUGUACAGCACUCACAAGUCAUACCACAGAUUCUCAAUUGGAUUGAGGUCUGGGCUUUGACUAGGCCAUUCCAAGACAUUUAAAUGUUUCCCCUUAAACCACUCGAGUGUUGCUUUAGCAGUAUACUUAGGAUCAUUGUCCUACUGGAAGGUGAACCUCUGUCCCAGUCUCAAAUCAAAGACUGAAACAGCUUUCCCUCAAGAAUUUCCCUGUAUUUAGCGCCAUCCAUCAUUCCUUCAAUUCUGACCAGUUUCCCAGUCACUGCUGAUGAAAAACAUCCCCACAGCAUGAUGCUGCCACCACCAUGCUUCACUGUGGGGGGAUGGUGUUCUCGGGGUGAUGAGAGAUGUUGGGUUGCGCCAGACGUUUUCCUUGAUGGCUAAAAAGCUAAAUUUUAGUCUCAUCUGACCAGAGUACCUUCUUCCAUAUGUUUGGGGAGUCUCCCACAUGCCUUUUGGCGAACACCAAACGUGUUUGCUUAUUUUUUUCUUGAAGCAAUGGCUUUUUUCUGGCCACUCUUCCGUAAAGCCCAGCUCUGUGGAGUGUAUGGCUUAAAGUGGUCCUAUGGACAGAUACUCCAAUCUCCGCUGUGGAGCUUUGCAGCUCCUUCAGGGGUAUCUUUGGUCUCUUUGUUGCCUCUUUGAUUAAUGCCCUCCUUGCCUGGUCCGUGAGUUUUGGUUGGCGGCCCUCUCUUGGCAGGUUUGUUGUGGUGCCAUAUUCUUAAAAUGUUUUAAUAAAGGAUUAAAUGGUGCUCUGUGGGAUGUUCAAAGUUUCUGAUAUUUUUUUAUAACCCAACCCUGAUCUGUACCUCUCCACAACUUUGUCCCUGACCUGUUUGGAGAGCUCCUUGGUCUUCAUGGUGCCGCUUGCUUGGUUGUGCACCUUGCCUAGUGGUGUUGCAGACUCUGGGGCCUUUCAGAACAGGCGUAUAUAUACUGAGAUCAUGUGACACUUAGAUUGCACACAGGUGGACUUUAUUUAACAAAUUAUGUGACUUCUGAAGGUAAAUUGGUUGCACCAGAUCUUAUUUAGGGGCUUCAUAGCAAAGGGGGUGAAUACAUAUGCACGCACCACUUUUCCGUUAUUUAUUUUUUAGAAUUGUUUGAAACACGUUUUAGUUUCAUUUCACUUCACCAAUUUGGACUAUUUUGUGUACAUUCAUUACAUGAAAUCCAAAUACAAAUCCAUUUAAAUUACAGGUUGUAAUGCAACAAAAUAGGAAAAACGCGAAUGGGGAUGAAUACUUUUGCAAGGCACUGUAUGUUGGCACUGGCAUUGCCCUUGAGAUAAUGAAAAUGAGGUUGAAAAGUGGUGGAGUUGCCCUUUAUGUAAACCAGACAUUGAAAUUAAAAUAGUGGAGAUAGUGGGAAAGUACCAGGCAGCUCAAUCCUUUGUGUGUGUGUGUUUGUCGCACCCCCAGCUCAGUACCGUCAGGCAAAGCGAGGCUCGUUGGGAGCUCUAACCAUGAGCCAACUGAUGAAAAGACAGCUGGAGCACCAGUCCAGUGCCCCUCACAACAUCAGCACCUGGGAGACAGGUCAGUCACUGCUAACUAUCUCUGGUCCACCUCUCCAGAGAGAAAAACAUCAAAACACCUUUUUAAUGACUGUGCUUGAUUGGGUUUAGCUGUGCUGAUUUUAUUGUACUCUCUACACAGGCCCCACCAAGACCAGCCUUCUAUCUGCCCCCAGUACAGUCAGCAUGUUUGUGCCCGCCCCUGAGGAGUUCAUUGAUGACCAGCCCACCACCAUGACUGACAGGUGAGGGAACCUACCGCCAACCACCAACACUGACUGGUGUGUCAUUCAGGAUAGCAGACACUAUGCAUGAAUGAUUAUUUAGUGUUGUUAAUGAUAAUACUGUGUGGUCUCUCAGGUGUCGUGACUGUGGUGCGGUGCUAGAGGAGUAUGAUGAGGAGACCCUGGGCCUGGCAGUGGUGGUGCUCUCCAUGUUCAUCCACCUCAGCCCUGACCAGGCCGCUCCACUGCUGCUGGACAUCAUGCAGUCUGUGGGCAGGUCUGGCAACUACAGCAGCUCCUGCACCAACCCCCUUAUACAGUACAUCCACAUACACAAACCUGAUUGUUCAGUAACAUUUUAGCACACUCUCUGUCAUGUCUCCGAUGUUAAAUUCAGAUUUGUGUCUUUCAGGCUGGCGUCUAGUGCUAAUUUCUCUGGGCAAGCUGAGAGGUAUGACACAUCACAAGCAGAUAUACUAAAUAUAUUAUUAUAUUGUGUGUGCUAAACUCAGGUGUACUGUGGAUGCUGAUGACUUGUUCACACUGGCUGUAUUCUUGUACACAAAUGAGAGAAUAUGCCAACAUGAGGUGCAGACGUUCUACGUGUGUUGAUGUCUCUGUUGGUGUAGUAUGCUGAUCCCUGGCAACGCAGCAGGUGUGGCUAAGCAGUUCCUCCGCUGUGUGAUCCACCAGCUGGCCCCCAACGGCAUCCUGCCCCAACUCUUCCAGAGCAACAUCAAAGGUCUACUCAUACACACAAAACACAAUAUGUCUCCUGUUAGGAGCAGCUUUGAGGAAUAUGGUUGGAUCUUUACCAUCAUUCUUUUCUGUGCAUUUUUAGAUGGAGGUUUUCUGAGAACAUUGGCUUUUUCCCUGAUUGAUUUUAAUGAACUGAGUUCUGUGGCUGCACUGAACCAGCUGCUGGAGGUGGGACGUUUUCUUGCUUAGUGUAAUGAUUAAAUCUCAGUACUUGGCUGAAGGAACUAUGCGGGUGUGUGCUUGUGUAUGGGCUUGAUUCAAUCAGUAACGCAGAAGAUGAGCGUUAUAGAGCGAUUGACAUUAAAGGCAAUGUUUUCACAUUCGCGGAGACUGCAUUCACAGUAAAUGCUGCAUAUGUCAGCUCAAUCGGAAAUUACCUUUACAUUUAAACCACACUACAAAGCAGAUCUUCCAGAUCUUCAGUGCUAUGAAUUGAAUCGUGCCCUCUGUCUUGAAUCUCAAGCAGAAUCUCCACUGUCAUCAUGUAUCCAGUAGGAGGAGCUCUUGUAAAAGUUGACAAGACUAACACUGCUGGUUGGAUAGUACCAAAGCAGAUUAAGAAUACUGCUAAAGAGCAUGCCUCUGCAUGGUUAUUCACAAUAUUUACUGUUCACUAUUACCUUGGUUUGUUUUCUUUAGCAAUCUUACACUGUUACAAUGUUAAAGUAAUAGCACUUAUGAUAGUCUCAGUUCACUCCUUUGGCUCAUAACAAUCACUAGUCCAAACCACUUUUAGAAUAUAUUUUUUAACAAUUGAUAAUGUAACAGUUGGUAAUGGCUCUAUGGCAAUACAUUGUAACCCUGUUAUCAUUUAUGCCACUGUCCUCAGGGUCUGAACAACAAGAAGAGUCUACCAGCAGGGGGCACCAUGCUGCACUGCCUGGAGAACGUCGCCACCUUCAUGGAGGCCCUGCCCAUGGACUCCCCCAGCAACCUGUGGACCACCAUCUGCAAUCAGUUCCAGACCUUCCUCACUAAACUACCCUCAGUGCUGCCUCUGAAGGUACUGGACCUCGCUCUGCAUUUAGGCUGCAUUGACAGUUUUUUGACUGUGAUCCAUAUAGAGCUGAAUUUGAUGAUGUCUCUCUCAGUGUCCCCUGGACUCCAGUUUGAGGAUCAUCAUUUGCCUGUUGAAGAUCCCCACCACAAGUGCAACCCGGGUGAGUCUGUGUGUGCUUGAUAUACAUUAGGAUUACUAACCAAAUGGUGAGGUUAGUCUUCAUUUGAGUGUCAUAAAUAACACUAUCCCAGGCCCUGAGCAGGUUAUGAUUGGUUACAUUCUGACUCUUUGAAUAAAAUGACUUAGACCUGAUAGCAUUCAGGUAUGUCAGAUCAGAGGAAGGUCAGAAAAAUUGCCAAAAGACUGUUCACUCUGCUACCGUCUGGCAAACAUUACCGGAGCAUUGGCUCUCUGACAAACAGGCUCCGAGACGCCUUCUACCGCCAAACCAUAAGAGUGCUAAAUAGCCAUAAAUAGUUUAAUUAAUGGUUACCCGGACUAUCUUGAACUGACUCAAUGCACACUCACAAGACUAUAUACACACACACACACACACACAUUCACUACAUUACACACACACACGCAUACCGACACAACACACACUCUUAUUAUUCUUAUUAUUAUCAUCUAUUCUAAUGCCUAGUCACUUUACCCUGCAUUCAUGUUCAUACAGUAUCUACCUCACAUUCCUCCACAUUGAUAUGGUGCUGGUACUGCCUGUAUAUAGCUCCAUUGAGUAUUUUAUUCCUCGUGUUACUAUUUUCUUAUAAUAUUUUUUUUCACUCCGCAUCGUUGGGAAGGGCUCUUCAGCAAGAAUUUCACGGUUACGUCUAAACCAGUUGUAUUCGGCGCCUGUGACAAACAUUUUGAUUUGAGAUCUUGUUCAGUGAACAGCUCAUUCACAUUGACUGUCAUUUGCAUGACUGAACCCACAAGUCUUACUCAUUUGGAAUAAGCAGAAAAUAUUACAAAAUCACUGGUGUGGUACGAUCCCCUCACCCACCCACCAGGCAUUGACCCUUAACUCCCUCUCUUCCUCAGAGCUUACUGGAGCCCUUCUCCAAACUGCUGAGCUUUGUCAUCCAGUAUGGAGUGUUCAGCCUCUCUUACCUGGUGGAGCUGUGUGGCCUCUGCUACAAAGCCUUCAAUAAGGUAAGAAGAUAUGUACAGGUUAGCUUACAUUUGAUAUUAGUAUAUUUGUUUAUUAUGUUUGUUGUAAAGAAUUAUAAAAAUAAUUGGUACAGAUGUAGGAUUUUAUUUGAUCACUCUUUUGCUGAGAAAUUCAAACUUGUAGUGUAUUCAAGGUUUAAAAAGGCAUCUAAAGUUUGUAAUUUCCACUUCAGUUUCUCAAUUGCUUGAGCACAUUUGUCCAAACAGAAUUCACUUUUUCAAAACAAUUAACACGCAGCCCCAAACAGAAACGUUAGCCACAAUGACACAUUUCAUUUGCAAAAUGUAUUAAGACUCAAAACAUUAAAUACAUGACACAAAAUCAACUACCUACAUAAAAACAUAUAACUUGUUAUCUAAUGAAAUCUUAUUUCAGUCAAUAGUUACACAAUGGCCCAAUAAAUACUAACUACAACUAUCAAUAUACCCUACCAUGGUGUUAACCAUCUUUAUGUCUGGGCCAUUUGUUGAUACUAUAAUUAUAGUAUGCACUAUAAAAGGAAAGUGAACAUAUCACACCAAUGGCUGUAUUCUUUUUUCCUAAAAUUAUUUUACCAAAGAUGCCCAUGCAGAAAGAAUGUCACUCAAGAGCAUGAAUAUCCAGAAACAAAAGGCUUUAUUUUACCUUUUUCCAUUUUAACUGAGAGCUGAACUAUCUUCCUCUAUGGGCCCCUCUAAAUCUCCUUUGUCUUUGCCCUCGGCCUCUUACUUGGUCCAUUCUUACAAAUAGCAACUCAGAAGUGACCUCUUUUAUGCAUGAAUAAGGACUGAUUGCUGAUUGAACAAUUGUGCUUUACUGUUUUGCAAAAAUGUGCUUAGCAUUUGCAUUGUGUGUGAAAGCAAUGAGAAAUUACAGUUUUGAAAAACAUGAUACUGUUGUGCUCAUUAGGUUAUGAUGGAAAGCAUGUGGACCCCAGUUUAAAUAAAAGUGUCUUAGCAAUCGAGAAACUGUAAAAUGAUUUGCCCUAAUGAAAAAUGUAUAAACCCUUAAAAAAACAUUAUAAUCCGCAUAAUAAUUGACAUUUCCUGUUGCUGCAGGAUUAUUUUCCUGCUGUAGCAAACUGGUUCAAAUUGAAAUCCUACAUCUGUAGCAUAGCAAUGAUCUCAUGUGAAAGGCCCAAUUAGAAAAGCGAUACAGAAAUAUAAUUUUCCCACAUUGUUAAAUAUAAAACCAUGUCUGCAGACCUUUGUAUACAGUAGUUAUUGGUGAUAAUACUUAUCCCCAGCCUAUCCCGCUAGACAGCAAGGAGGCUGUGAGUCACAGAUGAAUAAGUAGGCAAUCAGCCAGUAUUGAUUUACAUGAUUAAUUGAGGCUCUGGGCUGAGGAUGUAUGGUGUGUAUCUGAGGGCAAGCCUCCCUUCGUUAGAGCUGGUGCCUGGGCUGUCUCCUGCUGCAGGACGGAUGGAUCCUCACCCCGCUACUGCUGUCACAGCACCAUGCUUUAUGUCUCCUGCUCUAUUGAUUUCCUCUAGCCUUUUUAAUCCCUGCUAUAUAACAUCCGUUCCUCAAAAUGCGAGUCAACAUGACUGAUAAUGUCUAUUUAACUGUUUCCUGUGCAUUUAGUCUUACGAGGUGAGCUUUCUCAAAUACAAGUUUAAGGAGGAUUCUUCAGUGGGUUGUUGUAGACAUAUGGAUGUUUGGGAAAUUAUGUUUAUCACUAAUGCACUAGACAUUGAACAUUUUAACAAAUGUGAUCCCAAAUCAACUGUACUGUAUGUAUUGGAGUUUCAUGCUGAUGAGAAGGCAAUUAUUUAUUUUGUAAUAUACACUAUCUAUACAAAAGUAUGUGGACACCCCUUCAAAUUAGUGGAUUUGGCUAUUUCAGCCACACCCGUUGCUGACAGUUGUAUAAAAUUGAGCACACAGCCAUGCAAUCUCCAUAGACAAACAUUGGCAGUAGAAUUACCUUACUGAAGAGCUCAGUGACUUUCAAUGUGGCACCGUCAUAGGAUGCCACCUUUCCAACAAGUGAGUUCAUCAAAUUUCUGCCGUUAUUUUGAAGUGAAAACGUCUAGGAGCAACAACGGCUCAGCCACAAAAUGGUAGGCCACACAAGCUCACAGAACGGGACCCCCAAGUGCUGAAGCGCAUAGCAUGUAAAAAUCAUCUGUCCUCGGUUGCAACACUCACUACAGAGUUCCAAACUGCCUCUGGAAGCAACGUCAACAAAACAACUGUUCGUCAGGAGCUUCAUGAAAGGUUUUUCCUGUUUCAGCAUGAUAAUGCCCCUGUGCACAAAGCGAGGUCCAUACAGAAAUGGUUUGUCGAGAUCGGUGUGGAAGAACUUAACUUGCCUGCAGAAAGCCCUGACCUCAACCCCGUCGAACACCUUUGGGAUAAAUUGGAAUGCCGACUGCGAGCCAGGCCUAAUCGCCCAACAUCAGUGCCCGACCUCACUAAUGCUCUUGUGGCUGAAUGGAAGCAAGUCCCUGCAGCAAUGUUUCAACAUCUAGUGGAAAGCCUUCCCAAAAGAGUGGAGGCUGUUAUAGCAGCAAAGGGGCGACCAACUCCAUAUUAAUGCCCAUGAUUUUGGAAUGAGAUGUUCGACAAGCAGGUGUCCACAUACUUUUGGUCAUGUAGUGUAUGAACCAAUAUGUACCACUACCAACGUGUAUAAUAAGGUAACUGCUGUAUGCUAUGCCCUAAGUGAGAGUGAGAGAGUGAGAGAGUGAGAGAGUGAGAGAGAGAGAGAGAGAGAGACAGAGAGAGAGAGAGAGAGAGAGAGAGAGAGAGAGAGAGAGAGAGAGAGAGAGAGAGAGAGAGAGAGAGAGAGAGAGAGAGAGAGAGAGAUAUUGAGUGGAUGAUUUAACAGAGAGAGCUGUGGCUUCUCAGGCUGACAGGCUCAUUUGAACUGGAUCUCUGGGAGAGAGGAGAUCUGGACUGGGUGCCAUGCUAAUAAGCUUCUCUGUCUUUAUUCAGACCACAGACAGCCUUUAUACUCCAGUACACACAGGCAACACUGUAUGAUCACUGGAGAGGCAGAGAGAUAUAGUGCACAGCCCUGUAAUAUUAAAUAAGACAACCACUUGGCAAACAUUCUUCCCCCAGUAUGCCUAAGAGCUUAUCUCACUUGGUUCCUCUAAAAUGUAUUACAACAUUUGUACACAGUUGUUUUCUAUAUUCUCUCUCCACUGUCCUCAUUUCCUCUAUCCUGAGCUAUUUUGUGUGUUUAUUUGCCCAGGAGAGAGAUAAGUUCUAUAUGUCUCGUAUUGUGGUGCUGGAGCUUCUGCAGGCUCUGAAGUUCAAGUCUCCUCUACCCGAUACUAACCUGCUACUGCUGGUCCAGGUAAACAGUAGUACAAUCAAAUCUACUUGUGGAAAAGACUUAAACCCCAAAGUACCCAAGAUGACUUCGCAUAUUUAUUUAUGUUAACUACAUCCUAUGUGUGUAUGUUGUCAGUUUGUUUGUUCAGAUAUUGGUACGAGGCUAGCAGAGUCUACUAUUCUAUCAAAGCACAUGAUCUCAUCACUUCCAGGGGUAAGACAGUACAGUACAUCAUACAUUACAUUGGUUCUCUGGGUCCCUUUAUGAUGACCUAAUGAAACCAAAUGAGAUACAGAUAUUUGCCAUUUGAUUGUUGCACUAUUCUCUCUCUUUUUCAGUGCACGACAGCAGCAAUGGAAUGCAUGAGGCAAUACAUCAGUGAACUUCUAGACUUCAUAGCGGAUAUGCACACACUGACCAAACUAAAAGUGAGUUUCCUCUUUACUCUGCCUUAACUCAUUCACCUAUCUUACAUAGGUCCCACCUCUAGCCAUCUUGUCAUGUGGGUGGGUGCUUAUAUUUGUCCUAUUUCACACAUGUACAGGUCUGUAUUAUAUGCAGGUGUGAAUUGGGAAAAUGUUUGCAUAUCCGAACUCUCCCUGAGACACCCUCGGAGAGUGGGGUCACUGCCAGGACCUAGUCAUGUGACCUACCCUGUGAUCAUGUGACACUCUCUCUCUCUCCAGAGCCAUAUGAAGGCGUGUUGUCAGCCGCUGCACGAGGACACGUUCGGAGGGAACCUGAAAGUGGGCCUCGCACAGAUAGCUGCUAUGGAGAUCAGCAAAGGCAAUCACCGUGACAACAAGGCAGUGAUCCGUUAUCUUCCCUGGCUCUACCAUCCCCCGUCUGCCAUGCAGCAGGGGUGAGAGGCACCGACAGUUACAGCACAGAUGUCACUUUCAGUGAUCUCACUAUUUAUAACCAUGAAGAUAGAACUAUAUGUCAUAAAUGGUGUAGCAGACUUGACCAGUUAGAUUUCUGUAGUUUUUCACUAGAAGUGCUUCUAUACGGCAUGAGAAUAAAUUGUGAGUCUAAUAAGACUGUAAUGUAUGUUCAAAAAGCGUUUAACCUCUGUCCUCUCCCUAGUCCUAAGGAGUUCAUUGAGUGUGUGUCCCACAUCCGCCAGCUGUCCUGGCUGCUCCUGGGCUCGCUGACCCACUAUGCCCUGCACCAGGGCUCCACCUGCUGUAUGCCCAUCCCCCUGGACGCUGGCUCACACAUUGCUGACCACCUCAUCGUCAUCCUCAUCGGCUUCCCUGAACAAUCCAAGGUCUGGACAAUGUCUAAAUGUUAAAUGCAUAAAUGUUGAAGUAAAUGCUACGUAAACUUCUGAAGAUUUUAUUUAUCCUCCCUCAACCAAAGUCUAGGAUGAGAUAAAGACCAAAGUGUCUCUUCCUUCCCUCCUCUGUCUGCAGACGUCAGUGCUGCACAUGUGCUCCCUGUUCCAUGCCUUCAUGUUUGCGCAGCUGUGGACCAUUUACUGUGAGCAGUCGGCGGCCACUCCGGCCCUGCAGAACCAGAAUCAGACAGAGUUCUCCUCCAACGCCAUCCUGACCGGCCUGGAGUUCUGGAGCCGUGUUACACCCAGCAUCUUGCAGCUCAUGGCCCACAACAAAGUGGUGAGGAAGAUCCACACGCGUAUCUGUCAGCUGCUAGAGGGGUGUGCUGGAAAGAGGAUGUGCUUGGAGAUAUGUGCAACAGUUGAAUAUGAAACGUAGGGCCUACCGAGUGGCGCAGCGGUCUAAGGCACUGCAUCGCAGUGUUGCGGCGUCACUACAGAUCUGGGUUCGAUCCCGGGCUGUGUCGCAGCCGGCCGCGACCGGGAGACCCAUGAGGCGGUGCACAAUUGGCCCAGUGUCGUCCGGGUUAGGGGAGGGUUUGGCCGGCCGGAAUGCCCUUGUCCCAUCGUGCUCUAGCGACUCCUUUGGCGGGCUGGGCGCAUGCACGCUGACACGGUCGCUAGUUGUACGGUGUUUCCUCCAACACAUUGGUACAGCUGGCUUCUGGGUUAAGCGAGCAGUGUGUCAAGAAGCCUUGGCUUGGCAGGACAUUGCUGUUAUGUAAGGCCGGGAUUCAAUCCGAUCGCGCUUUGUCCACAAUGCAUGUUUUAAAGGCAAUGUUCCUGCGUUCGCGGAGACCACAUUCACGGUAAAUGUCGGCCCAAUCGGAAAUAACCUUUAAAGCAUUGUCCAAAUACGCAGUCGGAUUGAAUCCCAGCCUAAGAAUCUGCUUUGCUACGAUAUAUUUUUAUUGAUAUUUGGAAGCAGGGUGAUCAUAAAUCAUGUGCAGUAAUACAAAUGUGUUCUUUGUAACUUUCCAAGAUGGUGGAGAUGGUGUGUCUACAUGUCAUUAGCCUGAUGGAGGCUCUACAAGAAUGCAACUCAACCAUCUUUGUGAAGGUAAGGGGGGCAUUUCCCCAAAUUUUCCCCAAACAUUUGAUUUUACACUUUAUUUUGCCUCUUCAUGUUGCUUUCUAUUUCAACUCAAAAUUCCCCUCUUCUCUCCAUCAGUUAAUACCUAUGUGGUUGCCCAUGAUUCAAUCUAACCUAAAGGUAAGAGUUAAAUUGCAAUUCAAAUAUGACUUGUAUUAUGUUUAUAUAUGGAUAUAGAUGCUCAGAUUUUCUUCAGAACAAAAAACUCUCAACCUGUCCCAUGCAGCACCUGUCUGCAGGGCUACAGCUGCGGCUGCAGGCCAUCCAGAACAGAGUGAACCACCAGUGUCUGCAGGGCCAGGCGGCCGGGGCCCUGCCCUUCGCCCUGCGCAAGUGGCUGCAGUGCACCCAGUUCAAGAUGGCCCAGGUGGAGAUCCAAUCAUCCGAGGCUGCCUCGCAGUUCUACCCCAUGUGACCUGCCUACCUCUCAGUAUGGGAGAUCAUCCGAGACCCAGUCCUCCUCAGGACCAGCAUGCAUCUGUCUGCUGCCUGCCUGUCCAUAAACAUCAGGAAGUUGACUCCUGCAUAAACUGACUCUUGCCGUCUUAAGACUCUGCGUCUGACGUAAUCAUCUUCAGCACCUUCUAAACUUUGUAUAUCUAUACUACUCUUUCGUGCAAUGAAAGGAUAGGUAAGUACAGGUUGGGCAGGUGUGCAGAUGCAAGGGGAUCACAGUACUGUAGAUAACAGCAUAGGUGUCCAACAUGCUGUGUGCCGCAUCAGAGGUCAGAACAGAUGGAGAGAAUAUCUAUCAGCAGAUGAUAGAGUGGAAGAGUCUGGAUGAGGAAUGCUGAAGCUCAGACUUGUUCACUUGGUGAUGCUCAUGGUCUAUAGCGUUAUGUUCAGUUGCUUGGAUGCAAGCCUGAUAAAAAUAAUAAAAUCAAGCCACAUUUUCUAAAUAUAUGUCUAUCUUGUUGUCUCUGUCAUUUCUACAGAGAGCAGUUAAAAGUGCACAAAGUGUGAUAUGAUUGUACAUCUGCACAGUAACUACUACAGUAUACAGUGGGGGAAAAAAGUAUUUAGUCAGCCACCAAUUGUGCAAGUUCUCCCACUUAAAAAGAUGAGAGAGGCCUGUAAUUUUCAUCAUAGGUACACGUCAACUAUGACAGACAAUAUGAGAAAAAAAUUUCCAGAAAAUCUCAUUGUAGGAUUUUUUAUGAAUGUAUUUGCUAAUUAUGGUGGGAAAUAAGUAUUUGGUCAAUAACUAAGGUUUCUCAAUACUUUGUUAUAUACCCUUUGUUGGCAAUGACACAGGUCAAAGGUUUUCUGUAAGUCUUCACAAGGUUUUCACACACUGUUGCUGGUAUUUUGGCCCAUUCCUCCAUGCAGAUCUCCUCUAGAGCAGUGAUGUUUUGGGGCUGUCGCUGGGCAACACAGACUUUCAACUCCCUCCAAAGAUUUUCUAUGGGGUUGAGAUCUGGAGACUGGCUAGGCCACUCCAGGACCUUGAAAUGCUUCUUACGAAGCCACUCCUUCGUUGCUCGGGAUCAUUGUCAUGCUGAAAGACCCAGCCACGUUUCAUCUUCAAUGCCCUUGUUGAUGGAAGGAGGUUUUCACUCAAAAUCUCACGAUACAUGGCCCCAUUCAUUCUUUCCUUUACACGGAUCAGUCGUCCUGGUCCCUUUGCAGAAAAACAGCCCCAAAGCAUGAUGUUUCCACCCCCAUGCUUCACAGUAGGUAUGGUGUUCUUUGGAUGCAACUCAGCAUUCUUUGUCCUCCAAACACGACGAGUUUAGUUUUUACCAAAAAGUUAUAUUUUGGUUUCAUCUGACCAUAUGACAUUCUCCCAAUCCUCUUCUGGAUCAUCCAAAUGCACUCUAGCAAACUUCAGACGGGCCUGGACAUGUACUGGAUUAAGCAGGGGGACACGUCUGGCACUGCAGGAUUUGAGUCCCUGGCGGCGUAGUGUGUUACUGAUGGUAGGCUUUGUUACUUUGGUCCCAGCUCUCUGCAGGUCCCCCCGUGUGGUUCUGGGAUUUUUGCUCACCGUUCUUGUGAUCAUUUUGAUCCCACGGGGUGAGAUCUUGCGUGGAGCCCCAGAUCGAGGGAGAUUAUCAGUGGUCUUGUAUGUCUUCCAUUUCCUAAUAAUUGCUCCCACAGUUGAUUUCUUCAAACCAAGCUGCUUACCUAUUGCUGAUUCAGUCUUCCCAGCCUGGUGCAGGUCUACAAUUUUGUUUCUGGUGUCCUUUGACAGCUCUUUGGUCUUGGCCAUAGUGGAGUUUGGAGUGUGACUGUUUGAGGUUGUGGACAGGUGUCUUUUAUACUGAUAACAAGUUCAAACAGGUGCCAUUAAUACAGGUAAUGAGUGGAGGACAUAGGAGCCUCUUAAAGAAGAAGUUACAGGUCUGUGAGAGCCAGAAAUCUUGCUUGUUUGUAGGUGACCAAAUACUUAUUUUCCACCAUCAUUUGCAAAUAAAUUCAUUAAAAAUCCUACAAUGUGAUUUUCUGGAUUUUUUUUCCUCAAUUUGUUUGUCAUAGUUGACGUAGGUGAAAAUGACAGGCCUCUCUCAUCUUUUUAAGUGGGAGAACUUGCACAAUUGGUGGCUGACUAAAUACUUUUUUUCCCCACUGUAUCUUAACUAAGGUUUAUGGGAAAACUAAAUGACUGCAAGAGGAUAUGUUAAACCCAAAGACUGUAUAGGAACCACCCAUAUCCUAGCUCAGAACAAACCAAUAGCAAUCAUACUGUAUAUCUUAUCAGUAAAUCUAAUUAGACUUUAGGGCUCCCGUCUCACCUCUCCCUCUGCUCAGUUCAAACAGGUUGCCUCUCGCCAUCAGAGCCCAGAUCAAUCAGACACAAUGUGGGUUGCAGUAGCAACAGCGUUGUAACUUGAUCAGGAUGAAACCAGACAGCGGAGGUAAACAAGACAAGGUAGUCCGUGUUGACCGCCCCCUGUAGAGCCUAGCCAUCAUUUGCCACAGACACGGACUAAACACAAUUACCUCUGGUCUAAUGUUGUUUGUCAUGAUCCAUAAUCACAUUAUGGAAAGGGCACUUGUAUGGGAAUACCAUGUCACAUGACAGCUGGACUAUACUGUAUAUUUAAAUCCAAGCUUGAUCUCACUCACUUUUUUUCUCUACAUUGUUCGCCUUUAUUUUAAAGUUUAAUUAAAAAGCUAUUAGAUACCGUGGUUACAUUAGCAAAUGUAAAGUAGUCAGUUGUCGUCGGAAACAAAAGGAAAACAAGCAGGGUAGAAUUAGAUGAGUCCUGUAGAAUUUAUAAUAUUUCAUAACUUCUCUACGCCUGUACUUUGUAAAGGGAUCCUCUAUAAUAUGAGAGGCGUGUGUCAAAUGAGUCACCAGCUUUGAGUGCUGUCUGAUGAUAUCACACACACACUGGUGACUCCAUCCCAUCAAUCUCUGGGCUUUGCUCAUCAAAUAGCCACUCUGUAACAGUGUUCCUAUGUGUGUGUGUGUGUGUGUGUGUGUGUUUAAUCAACUGAAGUCCCCUUGCACCGGGGCUGCAUCUGCCAGCCGUCGCCACCGUCAUGAUCGUUUGAACUUGCAACUCUUUUUUAAAGAACCUCUCUCAUUAGCAGCUGCUUAUGUAAUCAACGUCCCACAGGUACCCAGUACUCUCCCUGCCACGGCCUGCCUGCCUACCUCCUCCUGGAGGACCAUAUGGGAGCACUGACCUGAUGAGCAGGCAGCCGGAGAUCUAGUAGGUAAUUAAUGCUGACCAAGGUCUCUCAGGCAGAGAGUGUCCUCGGAGCAAGCAGCCCUAGAUUGUGAAGGUCAUCUUUGAGACACACACACACAGCAGCAUGGACAUGCAUGGAUUUUCCCUGAUUAAAAGGGUAGCCUGUUUACUGCUCGACAGCAAACAGUUCAGCCUUGAGCUAACAGCCACAAACAAGAGACACACAGAAGCACUCACUGGAUGUCUAAUAAGUAUAUACUCAUAUAACCAAUAGUGCAAGUGGCCUCUGAUUGGUCAUAAUCAAUCAAUAGCGCAUAAGCAGCCUAAACUGUAAAGAAUGGAUCGAAUUUGCUGCUAAACAAAUAACCGAGGUGAUUAUUUUCCCAUUUACCCUGGUGAAAUACAUUGUCUUUUAUCUGGGCGAACCACACAGAGCUUGUUGAGAUAGAGAGGAUCCCUGGCCUUCCUCUUCAGGCCUGUCAGAUCUUCUUUAUUACAGAGCAACUCAGAGUGCCCUGGCUGGACAAUGCAUGAAUGUUUAAAUUGCCCAGAGUGUCCAAUGGCAUUAUCAUCAAGUGGCACAUCUAAAGCAGGAGAAGGCAGACUACUGUAUGGUCUCUCAUUCACAUUCCUCUGGCUCUGUUGUGCCCUCCCUCCCUCACUCCCUCUCUACAUGGCUCAGCUUGGACCCUGAUGGAUUUCUCCCCCUCUGAAGUAGUUGUGUUUCAAAUGGUCUCCCCUUUUAAAGGAGAAAAAUGCUCAAGAAUAUGGACUAAUUAAUUCCUUGAUGACCUACCAGAGCCCAUAGCUUUUCCCAAUUAUAUUAUUAUCUAUUGACAACAUUUAUGAGGAGUAUGCUGUACAUAUUCCCAGAUUGUGUGAUUUGGGUUUGUCAGCUGCUCUAUUCAGUCACGCAUGUGGGUCACAAUGGCCAGAGUGGUAGCAGAGCAGAAGUGGCUGACCAGUCCUAUGUACAUACUGUAG